CGAGCCGGAGGCUGACAUUUUCUCCAGGGUGUCCGCCACAGGGAACCCAGCGCUGAGAGCCCCGGGCUUUGAGCUCACAGACCACUGAGGCUUGUUUUGCAGACAAAAUCACCAGACUGAUCCAAGUGCAACAACCCGAAAGGACCGAGGAGAGCUCCCCGCCUGAAUCCCAUCUGACAGCGAGUGAGUGUGUUGCCUGUUGUUGGUGUUGCUUUCUUUCAUUCUGUCUUUAACGCAGUCCAAUCUCUCCCACUGGUAAUUGGAGAGAUAAUCUUCGUAGAUUAGUGGCUGGCUGGCGGGGCCCUUUUAUUUCACACAAAUGCAUCAGAAUUGGCCCUGCGUGGGGAAAAGUGCGUGAACAUGGACUAUGUUGUCACUUGGUGAAAAAAGACAAAACACUGUAUGUCUGUGAAUAACAGAAGGUUUGAGCUGAUGGCGCAAUGAAUAAGUUUCUAAUGUUACUGAACUUUGGACUUUUCUUUUUUUUCUAAGACAUAUAUUUUUUUAAACAACUGAAAGCUUGCAAUGAUUGUUUCAAUAAUCUGUUUUCUGCCCUAUUAUCUUAAACGUCUUUUUAACUUGUGAAAAACACGGGAAAGUUAACUCCAAGUGUCCAAAGAGUCCUUUCCUCACUAAAAGGGAUUCCGGAAAAGUCACAGCACAUGGAAAUGAAAAUGAUACAGGAGAAAUGCAGAUAAAUUACCACAGAAAAAAAGAUUAGUUGUGCAACUAAUUUGGAUCUAAAUUACGCUGAUUAAAAAGUUAUUUUAGAGUCUGAUUCACCCAGAAGACUCGCUCACUCAAAGAAAGGGACAAAAGGCCAGAAAAGCCAAAUGAGUUAUAACAACAAAAACAGGUUGACGGAAGAUAGAUUUUCAGAGCCUGGAAGACUCAUGGGGAAAUGUGUUUUCACGGCUAAGAAAUCCCUUUAAUUCUUUGUACACUGAUCUAUUACUCAUAAUUUGCCCUGCCUCGUGUUUAAUUUAAUUUAAUUGGUUCAUGUAAUUGAAUUUAGCCCAUUUUUGAUGAAGCUGGCACCAGCUUCCCCUCUGGUGUUGAAACCCAUUAAUUGUCAGUAUCUUCUCCAUACUUUCUGCUCCAGCGCUCCGCUGACAUCGUUAAUUAGUAUUGGCUGCAGGUGUGUUCUGGUGUAGGCGUCAACGCGUACGCACACACGCACACGCGCAUCUAAAGCAGGAUUGAGGUUAAUCCUAAUUAUUUUCAAAUUAUCCGCGGGGUUUGAACACGAAUUUAAACGCCCUUUGUUUGAAAUAAAUCACCGGAAUAAAAAAGAUUCAUGCUCAGCUCUGUCCCGGGCCGAGCCGAGCCGACCUGAGCCGGGCUGGACUGGGCUGUUCCUUCCAGAGGAUGGUACAGUAAAUACAGGAGGAAUGUUAAACAGCUUAGAGCGGAGCCGGGAGCUGCUCGGGAUUUCAUCGGCCGUGAUGCUCGAAUUCUGCUCCAGCGGACCGGUGGGUCGACUGCACCUGUAACAACACAGUGCAGCACCCAGGCUGUUGACGCAGAAUAAACGGGAACGAGAAGCGAUGUGUGGCCUCUCCUGCGGUUAUUCCGGUGUUGUUUUACAAAUCUUACAUGUGUUAUAAUAUAGGAUUUACAACAGUAAUGCCCGUAGGGAUUCAGUGUGAAUGACAAGGACAAUCUCAAAGUUUUAACUCCCAAAACAACAAAUAAAUCCUCACCAAAAGGCUGUCCCCUGUUUCCUCUAACUGCUCUGUGUUAUUCGUGUCUUAUAAAUUACAACUAAAGCUUGUAAGAUACAACCAUAUAGGUUAAAAAUCACUGUGGCUCUGUAAGAGAUAACGUUUCCAGUGCGUAUUUACGCACCGCCCUCCUCAACUGCAAAUAGUUCCACAUGGUACACAACAUAAAGAUGACCCUCUACCUUACACACUAAAUUGAGAGUUAUAGAACCAUAUAUAUGUAGUUAAUGAGUUAGUAUGCUGCUGUCAUGGCAGAGGGCGCAGGGCCUUAUUUUCAAUGCAAGAUUAACAGACUUGAUGCAACAACGACUCUCUGCUAUGUUUUAUUUUAAUGUUGUAUCAUUACAUAUUCAGAAAACCAUUACAGGCAACAUAUUUGCAGUCUUGACGCAAAGGCGCACGCUAAUAAAUCCAACAUGUGUCGUACUAUUAUUAGGAUUAAUAAGUUAUAACGUUCAGCAUCUGCCUCUUGUUUCAGUGAGCCCCGGAGCCCCGCCAGCUCUACUCUGUUCCAACAGGUUCAACGUUGUGUUCUCAUUACGACCUCCAUAUGGCUGCCUGUGAACACAGCGAGCCAUGGGGCAUUUAGAGCAGGCAGCGCAGUGAGAAUCAGUCCGUAAAGCGGCGGAGGUAUUUGUUGUAAAAGUGAGACCAGUUGUGUUGUUUGAGGGGGGGCGGGGGGCAGCAGCAUCGAGCCAUGUGGUAAUUUGGUGAAGUGUUUAUUUUCGUUUGCGUGUUAUUUUGGAUGCGCAACGUAACUUUACGUAUCACCAAAUAAAAAAGAUAAAGAUUUAAACUUAAAUUCAAAGGACUGUGAAGUGUGGAUGCGCUCUCUCUCUCUCUCUCUCUCUCACUCUCUCUCUCUCUCUCUCUCACUCACUCUCUUUCUCUCUCUCUCAUACACGGUUGGGGAAAUCUGGGUUUGAUUUUAAUGGGGAGUUGCCUACCCGGGACUCGCUUUACAACCUAUGGAUGUACAGGACGGGUUUCAGUUGGUUUGAGCAGCAGGCGCGGAUGGGUGCAGUCUCUCUGUUCUGUGUCCCGUCACUUUUUGACAGCGUUACAACCGUUCCCUUUUCCUCUACUAUCUUAACGAGACGAGUGAGAGAAACACGAGACGCCUCUGCGUUUUGAGAGGACAAAUUUCCGACUGAAGAGAAACUAAAAGCUAAUUUGUGUGGAUGCCCGGGGACGUCCUUUUAAACUCAGAGACAGCAACAGUCACGGCUUGAUACUGGGGUAAGUUUAAAACUUGUGGAUCACAGUGACUGUUGAUGUGAUUUUCUCUCGUGUUUUUGUGGAUGGCAGACUUUUACUUUACGCACCACAUAUUCUCCUCACUAAAACGAGUGACUCCCGGUGCCUGCUGUGACGAGGGACGCCCAUUACCUGCCAUUUGUUUUAAGUGGAGACAAUGACUGUCAUUACUUUAUUAUAGGCUGAGAUCGCGCGACUGUAAGUAGGUGUUUGGGUCGCUGGAGCAGCAGGGCGCGCUGGAUCAGAGAGGCGGACACCGCGGGCAGGUGUCACCCUUCUCGGUUUACAACUGGCCCGUGGGUCCAAGCAAGAAAAAAAAGAGCGAGAAAAAAGCGGCCCGUGCCGAGAAUUUAAUACGAGGUACAAGAGGUGAGCUAUGAAGCCAGUGAGCUUUAAUAGCGACUUGGAACCAAAGCCAAGCGCAGAUGCCAAAGCAAGCAGCGCGCCUCUCGGUUCCCGUCUUCCUCGGCACGGAACUCGCCAAGUCUCCCAAUGCGUUUGUCACUUUUAAUAUUUUCCUUUCCCUGUGCCCUGCCACCACGUGAGAAAAUAUUAGUGUAAAACAAAAUAAUUUUUUCAUUCCUGAAGUUUGAUGUUAAUUCAUUCUGGUGGGCAUCUCCCGUUUGCAGAGGAAUGAUCAGAGCAAUGUCAUGCGGCUCAAAGUUGUAUUUUUGUGAUUAAUUCAGCAACAAAGUGAUGGUUAGCUUGAUUUGACAAUGAAGCUUAUUGUGGCCAAGGUGUGACAGGAAACAAUAGCCUCUCAACAAUAAGCACGAGCUCCUCCCUCUUUAAGCUCAUCCUCUCUGCCCACAAGCAGCAACAAGCCUGGAAGCGAAAGCCACAGUCCCAUACAGAUUGCUUAUCUUAACUGCUUCAAUAGACUCAAAGUAUGCCCCUAUUGCACCCUGAAACAGUGUCAGCCACUUGACCUACUUCUCACUCUCACCGCAAAUGACUGGAAGCAGUCCAUGAAGAAGGCCUCUGAAUCUUCACUGUUCACUGAGAGCAGAGCGAAUGAAGGAAGUGUAAACUGGGGGAAAUGUUUGAGCUGAAUGAGUCCGGUGAAGUGUGGUGCUGUUCAUCUGGAGUGUGGCCAUGGUCUCCUUGUUUUUGCAAAUUAAUCAUCAUUAUUUAAUUGCAUCACACCCCGCUUCCAUCAAUAACAGAGCAAGGGAGGUACAGCCAGGAGCGACUGAAGGCACAUGAUGUAGAAGUUAAUCCAAAGCAACAUAGUGCAGAUUUUAGUCACUCCUUGGAGUGUGCAUGUGCACUUGUAUGUGGUACUUAUGAACCCCAGAGAAAAGCAGAGGGAUUGAAAUGGAGAAAGCUCCAGAAAAACAAGAAGAGUGUUUUUCUUCUGCUUUGAAAUGGGGGGAUUUCUCCAAUGUCUUGGCUUCAUCCAGAACAUGUAAAACUGACACGCUCCAUGUUUUUUCUUCUACGGUUUCAAUAGUUUGACCAAGGGAAUCCCUCUUUAUUUGGUAACCACAUAUGAGUUUUUAUACUCAGUCUUUUGUCACUUUUAACAAAUGACCUUAAGCAGGUUUAAAAAAUUAGCUCCACUCAACCGCACAGUCAGAGUUCAGACAGAUGCCUUUCAUUUCACAGCUCGAAAAAUGUAGCAUUGGGCGCUUGUGCCAGAUUCCACUACAAAUCUGACCCUCUAUGUUUUCAUGAACGGUUGAUUUAUAUUAUCAUUUGACUCCAGUAAUAAUUUCUUUUUUGGUAUUUACUUUUGGGAUGUUUUCCAUCCCUGAAAUGAAUCUAUCUGCAGACCUGGAGAUGAAUGUGGUGUGAAAAUACCCACAUUACACACUUUCAUUCACUCCGCCUCAGAGGUGAGAGUGAAGACAAAGUGCUGUCUUACAGCUCACUUAAGUGACUGUGUGUUUUCUCUUUCAGUUACAAAUUAAGUGCGUGGAUAUGUGUGUCUCUGUGUGUGUGUGUGUGUGUGUGUGUGUGUGUGUGUGUGUGUGUGUGUGUGUGUGUGUGUGUGUGUGUGUGUGUGCUACCUUUCCAGUUAGAAUACCUGUCAUUCGUCAGCAUGACACCCAAGAGGUCUCUCACUGUGGGAAGAUCAUCCAGGGGCAGAGACUCACAUGCUUCAUCCUGCCACUCCCUGCACCCUGCUAGGCUUGCAUGUGUCAGCCACACAUUUCCUCCAGAUGCAGAGGGACAUGUGUGUGUGUGAGGUCCAUAUGUGUUUGUCUAUGCCCACUGAAUACCCAUUACUAGCCUGUCUGAGCAUCGUACGAAAAGGAGACAUCCUCUGUAGUGAUGGCAAACUCAGUUCACAGAAGUAAGGAGUGGAAUUUUCUUAAGAUGAUCGUCCACUUACCAGUCUGAGAGUGGCUGUUACAUAGAGAUACAUAGUGGACUGGAUGUUUGUCUGACUGGUUGGCUAUGACACAUAUGCUAGCUCAAUUCUCACAAUCAUGUGAGGAAAAGUCAAAAAGUACAACCUUAAAGAAAAGUGCUACAGCAUUUGACAUUUUAUGCAUCUGUGUUGUGAUUGUGUCAAUGCCAAUAUACUUUUUCUUCUUAUGUUGACCAAAUGGUCAUUUGAACACAAAACACAGUUGAACCUCCACAAAUAGAAAUACAGGAACACGCUGUCAGCAAAAUGACUUCUGAAGGAUGCAGAAGACUGUUAUGGAAGCUGAUAUGAGGCAAGGCAACACAACUCCAGAGUGUCGGCUGCAUCCGAACUCUCUGCACUGUUGGUUAAGUUGAUUGAAUAACCCUCGACAUGAGCGGUUAUGACCUUUAAUCCUUUAACAAAAUCCUUUGUAUGCUCCACUGUGGUGAACUCUGUGCCUUUAAUGUCUCAGGUGCCGUUUAGUUCGGAUAUCUAAAUAGAACGUAUGAAAAUGAUUCGUACUGAUUGAGGUCACCACGGAGACCAUGCAGGGUAGUGUUUCCAACUCUACUUUGACUGCGAGCUUUCACUUAAUUUUCCUAAUUCUAGAAACAGUACACCUGACAUUAGUCAGGCCAAAGAUAUGCAUUCAGGAUGAGACUGUUGACCUUUGACCUCCAGGCACACAUUUCUGUAUUGAGGCGGGGACAGGGAGAAAAGGGAGUUGUCUGAUGACUCACAAGCUUUGGCGGCUUUUACAUUCAUGCGAGAUUUUAAGCUUAAUUGGGAAUUAAACUCAAAGAGCAUGUGUUGGUCCAUCCUCAACACGUGUGUUUUAAGUGUAAUGUACAAAAACACGGGACUAUUCAAAGCACUUAAUAAACUGAUUUGUGGGUUUCUCCCCCCUGUGAGUUCAAAGCGGGUCGUUGCUUUCGGCUGUGGGGUAGAGGUUGCUCUUGUGCAAUGGAAAAAAGAGAGACUGUUUUCCUGUUAGGGGGGCUUUUUUUGGGGAGGGAAACCACGGCUCUGCCUACCGCAGUAAGCCUUCAAAGGGCUUUGAAAGAGUGCUCACCUCACCUCUCCUUAAAUCCUUCCAUCCCUCCAAACGAGCGACUUCCUCUCACACCCAAGAACAUCUCACCUGCUUCUUCCCAACCACUCAGCCGUCCAACCACUCAGCUGUAAAGUUGUGGUCAGGGUUGCACUCAGGUCCAUGGGAAAUGUUCAAUCACCAGGGCCUGCAGUCCACCCACACACACACAGACUCGAAACAGUCCACUUCUUGGGCAGCUUUAACCCCUCUGUGUUUUUUUCAUGUCUGUAUCUUCAGAGUUACUUUGCUGCAUGGCCUUCAUCCAGUGACAGACUUUGAGAGGGGAUCUGUUCACAUUGCAGGGCUCUGGUUGUCUGCCUUUUUCUCAGGCUCAUCUUGACAACACAUGUAGGGGAAUAUUUCUUGUAUUUGAAAGCAGAUCACAGUUUGACAUAGGAAGCAAUAAAUUCUUGAACUUUUAUCCCCUCCCUCCUAAGUCCAUCUCUAUGUCAGUUAAAAAUCCAAGACAGAGCACAACUUUAUCCCCCCUCCCUUGAAAGUUCACAGAAAUAUAAUUCAUUUGCUCGGACUGAGGCUGUUUUGGGCCUCUAAGUAGCUGCUCCUUGUUAUUUUCAGUGACACCCCAAAAUAAUCCAAAAUUAAUCCUCACACGUGACUCAUAUCAGAUGGAUUCUUGGGUGCUCAUGUGUCUGUUUUAUGUUUUAUAUGAAACUUUUGCUGUUUCUUGAGUUUGGCAAGUGAUUUGAUCCCCUGUCAUGAUCUUUUUGCACUUGAGCUAAAACAGCUGAUCAGUUGAGCAUAUUUCUUUGAAAUUAAGAGCUCCUCUCAAUCUCCAUAUCUUAGUUUUAAUCCCCGUGAAUUAACCCUGUUCAACUCUGAGUCUAGUGAGUCACUUUUGCCCUGAACUUUCUGCCUGCUCAUGUCCUUUUCCCUUCCCUACGCCUCCCAUUUUCUCACCGAAAAACACUGACCUCACAAAUACUUCAUUAACAGAAAAAUACCCCACAACUUGUCCUAUCAGCAUUUCUCUCAGACUCUGUCUCAAAUGUUUUAAUACAGAGAGCAAGUAGCUUAGCACAACUUCCUGCCUGUGAAUCGGUGAGAACUGGUUUGACCUCAUAUUCCACCUCUCGCUGUCUGUCUUCUCUCCUCCUGGUCGGUUCUGGAUCAGGUUCUGUUGAUUCAAAGAACCGCUGUCGGACUCAGGGCCAGCCGUGUGGGCUGGGCCACAGAAGCUGCUGCAUUCCUCUGCUGGGCGUUCUGUCUUUCUCCCUGCAGUGUGUCUCUUUCUGCCAGAUGCAGGGAUGGAAAGGAGAUGGAAAUAUUCACAAAUAUGUUUUCUGGUACUUCUUGGAUCUCCCUGCUUUGUCUUGAACCUCACAAACACCUGAGAGCCUGACAUGCAUGUCAGUUUGUGAUCCAAGUAGCCAAGAGCAACUAGAUCAUUUGGACAUUUUACCCCCUGAAUUUAACAUCAGCUUUAGUUGGAAUUAGAGGAAAGUCAAGGAAACGAGAGACAAAUUUCAGACUAAACCUUACAGAUACACACACACUCUCUCUCUCUCUCUCUUUCUCUCUCUCUCACACACACACACACACACACAAAAUGAGCCUCUGAGCAGACAUAAGCAGGCUUUAAAAAAUUUGUCAGUGAUCCCCCUGCUAAUGAUGCUCUCAGCUGUGAGAGUUGACCCCCUCCUGCCCUCGUCCUUCCCCGCACCACCCUCUCCCCUCCUCCUCCUCAGUUCUUAGUAACUGCCAGUGAGGAACUCAGAGUCAUCUCCAUCCUCCUCACCCUCCCUACACACACAGAAACACUCACUUGAGCACUAACACAAACAGGCUGAUCACCGUUACCACUAUAGAGACAGCUAUCAUCAAGUGGAACUCAGACCACCAAUAUGACCCCUGUUACCCGAGAACUGUCAGUGAUGUUGAUUCACCUGGACAGGUUUGUUUACCUUUUGAAUAAGUGUGUGUAAAAGAAACAGAUGGGAAGAGGCAAUUAUGUAACAAUGGAUUUAACCCAAUGAAAGGGUUUUUUCUGCAUCGCUAUGAAAUCAUUAAUUUGACAUAAAUGUAUGCCAAACUCUUUCCCAUUUCAUUUCCAUUUUGAAGACUGCACUAUAUUUCUUCAACAGUUUUCAAACAAUUGUACAUGAUAUAAAAAUCCUGUAAAAUUAGGUUUUGGACAGCUGGGCCUACCAAACAAGUCCUGCUGAGAUAUCAUCAUUCACUUAAAUGUAUUCACUUUGGAUGUCUUUGGUGAAAGUAGCUAACGAGAAGAAAAAGGGAUACCAACAACCUCACACUUCGUGAAAUCUGCACCUCAGAGGGUUUCUGACUUUGUUGUGGCUCGUGCUGUUCUUUUACACUCACACAGUUCAUCUCGCUGUAAUGAUAAUGAGAGAGGAGGUGGCCUGUUGUUAGUCAAUUAAAAAGUCCUCCACGGUUCUGGGCAGCCACUAAUAACCCCACCAGGGAUUACUGUACAGCAGGCUGCAGGGACAGCAGGGCACCAGUUUGGGCCUCAGCUUGCUGUCAUCCCAGAGCGCUAACCCAGUAGACCUCCAUUCACUCUCCAGUCUUAGAGGGGCCACAACGCCAACUCUCCAGAGCAGCGUGAAAGGCUCCCACAUGGGAUACAAAGUGGCUCAGCUGUCCCUAUCCUAUCUUCACCUCCCACAGCGUCCUCCUCUACACCCAAGCCAAAUAAAGCCUCUCAGCGACUUCUGUUUUCCUAAUCUGUGAACUCUGACAGAGGCACCCACGCUUGAAAGAAAGACAACUCAACAUGAGAUGAUCUCCUGGUGACAGGGGGGAAGCUGAAAAAACGUUACUGAAACCACCAGACCACCCUGUUAUCUUCCACUGCCUUUCUCUUCCCCUAUGUUCCCUGUCCCUUUUUUUUUAAGUCUAAUUUGCCUUCUCUUUGCCCUUUGUCUCCCACCUUCUCUAAUUGGGCUGCCACUGUUUGAUUAAAACCGUUGAAUCCCUUCCAACACCCAAAUGGCCUGAGUAGUCUCAACUUUUUAUGCACGGGGCCUCCUCUCUAAAAGCCUCGUAUUUUUUCAUCCAUCUACAUACCCUGUCCAUAAUACUAAUGGGCAAAUUAUUUAGCACUGCAGUAGCUAGCCCACCGGGGAUUGUUGCACAUCAGCACAAGUACAUUUUCCUCGCCAUUAAUCCAAAGAGGAAUGCUGCGGUGAUGAAUUGGCUGAGCAGUUUGUAUUUGUCACUGCACUCCAAGCGGCCAUUCAAUUGGAAAUGGCUUUGCUGUCACCAGAGUAGUUUGUCUUGUAACACACCAGAUGGUGGUAAAUUUGUGUGCCGGGGUUCAGGUCAAACUUUAGAUCUAUAUAAGGUGAGCUGCAACCCCAAAUCCAAAGAGUUGGGACUCUGUAAACUGUUGAUAAAAACAGAUUUAGAUGGUUUGCAAAUAGUGAAAAUGGUAUUAUAAAAAUAAAUAUGCUUUUUUUUUUUUUUGGUUUGAUGCCAACAACACGUUUUGACUAAGUUGCAAUGGGGACAGGGUAGGAGACAAAUUAGACAUGACUCUGUAGUGGAAAUCACUGCAUCACUACUCGAGAUUUUAUAAAAAGAAAUCAUCUGUGACCGUAGAUUGUUGUUGCAUACAGAAAUACAGCUAAAAACUGGACUUUACAUAAACAAUCUUUAACAAACACAAUCAAGCUUGCAACUUCUCUGAGCCCAAGCUUGUUCGAGGUGAAAAAACCAUCCUGUAGUCGAACGAAUCAAAAUUUGGUAGUCUUUUUGGAAACCAUUGAUGCCACUCUUCUGCGCUUAAGAAGAAACGGGCCAUUGGGCUUGUUAUCAGAGCACAAUUCAAAAGCAAGAUAGUAUGAAGAUGAAGGUGGGUGGCUUACAAAUCUAGGAAAAAAGAUAUUAAUACCGAAUGAUUGAUAGAGGUUUUGGAGCAACAAAGCACUACAAUUCAGACGAUGCCUUUUUAAGGAGAGACAGCUUAUCCUAGUACGACAAUGCCAAACCACGCUCUGCAUGUAUUACAACAACAUGGCUCCCUGAUGGAGGAGACAUGAUACUAACCUGGCCAGCCCGCAGUCCUUACUUCUCACAGAUUGGAAACAUUUGGCACAUCAUUAAGCAAAAAGUACACCGAAGAAGACCUUGAAAUUUUGAGCAGAUGAAACUUUAUAUCAAGCAAGAAAUGGCAUCAUUAAACUUCUGAUGCUCCAGAAACUUGUCCUCCUGGUUUUCAAACAUUUACAAGAUGCAAUAAAAAGAAGAUGUAAUGUAGAACGACUGUAAACAUGCCCCUGUCUUAACUUUUUUUAAACAAGGUGCUGGAAUAAAAUGAGAAUAAACUUUUUUUUCUUAAUAAAAUCAAACUUUUGCAUAAAUAAAGGGUUUUAAUAAUUUGAGAGCCACCAAAACCAAAGAGCUGUCAAGAGUUGAGAUAAGAAGAUCAACACAACUUUUUGACACAGUGCUAAGUAUGAGCUCCAGCCUGCAGCGUUUUUCCUCUUAAGAGAGACACAAACAUCGGCAUGCAGCUGUAGCUACUUUAACCACAUUUAAUUGAAGACAAUGUCUGCCCCCACUGAGGAGAGCUUGUGGCUUGUUCAGCUCAGUGUCAAUGCUGAAGGCAGAGAAUUUUCUUGCUUAAACACACUGUUAUAUUCUCAAAGGUCAGCCAGCUACACCACUGUGCUGACAUCCUGGCGAAGCUUACGGAUCCAGGAUGAUUAUGUGGAAUUGGCCUGCUCUCUGCAGUUUUUGAAGCAAUAAAGAAUAAGUCUUACAGACGGUUUUUAAUAUAAACCAGCUAUUUGUUAGAUCUUUACAUCUUUGGGGUUUUUUCAGAGAGUUGUUAAGGCUAGCAUCUAUUGUAAUGGGCACACAGAGUGGAAUUCAACAGCCUUGUCACUGUUCUCUCUCUCUGUUUAACCUACACGCUCAUCUGCCAGACUCGCCUGACAGCACCAGACCCUGGAAGAAUCUCCCAGCAGGCCCGACAGCACACGGACCGCACCAUAUUUAGUCAUCCAGAGUCCAGACACAGACCAAUACAGUCCUCCACCGUAAUCUGUCUCCCCUCUGUUUCUACCUCCAUCCCUCAGAUUUUUUAACAUCCUUUCCUCUGCUUCCUUCCUCCAUCUCUGUCUUUUUCUCUCUCUCUUUAACUGCUUUAUUCAUAUCUGUCCUCACUUGCCCUCCCUUGAGUCACUUCUGCUUUAUCACUGUCAAGCCUUUUACUGUUUCUCCCCUCCUUGCAUGUCCUUUUUAUGUUCCUCACACCUACUGUAAAUCAUCUUUUCUUUUUAUUUGCCUCCAUCUCUAGUCUCCUAAGCCUGUCACAUAUUUUCCAGCUCGGUUUUCACUAUGCAAAACUUUUCUAACUUCCUCUUGGUCCCUUAACAGCAUGCCCAUCAAGCCAGAGUUAUCCCCUCUUGCUAUCUUUUUUCUUGUUCCCUCACCUGUCAAAUUUUCUACCCCUUCUUGGAGCCUCCCCACUUUCUCUUUUCUCAGUUCAACACGCCGCCGAUGGACGCUGAGCUGGGAUGCUAAUGAGUUGCUAAUUCUAUCAGCUGCCUCUCCAUGCCCUCCCCAGUGGGUGUCGGGCCUGCCAGCUUUGCCACGGCCAGCCCUUUUUGAUGAAGUGCUUUGGCUGAUGAACUCCUGCCUGUGUGCCCACUCUAACCUCCUCGUCCUCGGACACAUGUCAUUGAUCAAUGUCCCUAUCUUUUCCUGGCGAGGCUCACCCUUACACCAGUCAUGUAUGAGCCAACUAACCCUGCAAACCGCUUUUAAUAUGCUAAGUGUGGUAAAAGCAGCGAAAGUCUUUGACUAACUUCUUCAGGAUAUAAAAUGUGUCUUUAUGUUGUUAAAAUGGGGCAAAAGGAAGUCAAGUUGGUGUAAAGUUUUGGGUUAUUUUAGGGUGGCCACAACACAAAUUUGUACUUCCACUGCAUUCGUCUUCCUGCCCCUUAUAAUCCCCUCACACCAUUUUCCUUUAACACCCAAUCAGUGCUUAAGAAGAGGCCAAAUGGCCGAGCUUAAGCACUUGAGCACAGACGAGUGGUCCUAUUUACCAGGCCACUAGUCUCUAUUCUAAGGGGUGCUAGCUUUGGACCCCUCUCAUAAGAAAAGAACAAAACUUUUGUUUUUUUUUAACUCCCUUAAAUCCGUCUGUCUGCCUUCCCCGCUUGACUGAAAUGGAUAAAGAGGCGGCUUUUUGUUCUGUUAAGAUGAAGAGGGAUGCUGUAGUAUAAGAAAGAGAUUGAGGGGAAGGGGAGGUGGGUGUAAUGCAUGGUAAUUUAAUAAAUACCUCUCAAUGUGGGUUGGGGUGCCUUUUUUUUUAACUCAUCAGCUGUCUAAGAAUGGGGCUCCUCUAGAUUUGACACCCAGUGGAGUAAAAAGGGGAUUAGCUAUGAAAAGCCUCGGGCUAUAUACCUCUUUCUCUGUCUUAUUCUUUGCUCUUAAGCUCUCUCUCUCUCCAUGCGCCUCUCAGUCUUUUACUCCUAAGGACCAUGUGGCCCCCUGCCUCACUGUGAGCAAUUGAAUGAUGUCAUCCAGGUACCUAUCUUGACCCUGAGCUUUAAGAAAGCUUGAAUGAAGUCUUACACCAUCAGUUUUCAAGUAUAACCCUCAAAUGCCCACCACUUAGAGUGAGUUUUUCUGGCUCAGUGAAUGAACAUAAGACUUCCCUCUUUUGGAUCAGCUUUGUGUAACAAUACUGUUGUGACAGUUGGAUUACUGCAUUAUCUCAUAUGUAGGAUCUUUUCAUUGUAUAAAAAGAUAGCGUCAUUUCUUACAGGACAUACUCUUGAAGCAGCGGUUUGGCCAGGGUCACUCAUGGUCCACUGCUCUGCAGCAUCACCAGGGAUUAUAGGGUAACUUCUGCCAUGCUGUUCGAGCAUGACCAGCAGGCUUGGCCAGUUUUGACAUGAAUGGAAGUACUGAAUGGGAGGCCAGCAUUGAAAUUCAGGAUGCAGUCACUCGCAGCUACUAAUGUCUCUCUUUAAAUGGUCACAUCCUUUUUCUUAGCCCCCCCUCCAUAUAGCUUUCUUAUCCUUGACAGGCUUUUAGUCAAUGAAAAUACCGCUUGUGACUGUACAAUUCAAGAGGUGUAAUUCCAUUUCCUUUCAGACAGCAAACAUGAUUUGGUUCUGAAGAUGCAUUAGCAUAUUUUUCAUACAGUUAAAUGGAAUCACUUCUGUUUAAUCUCCUUUUAUGGUAAAAACAUGUCUGUGGCAUUGACCUUUCUGUUUGUUUUUUUUCUCUCUUACAGGAAGGGCCAGCCUGAAGUGAGGGGUCACUGAGCUCAGACGCUCUCUCUCCACUGAACCAAAAUUAUACACACAUAGUGGAAAUUCAAGCACACACAGACUCAUCUGCAAGACAACUCAGUCACAUUACACCCACAGACUCUUGGGUACAAACUCAAAAAGGCAUCUGGGCAUAAACGUUCAGAAACGGAGAUUUACACAGAGGCCCUCUUAGCAGGAUGAGGGAACCCUGGAGGUGCCUGCUGGGCCUGUGCCUCCUGGCAUGUGCAGCCUCCACACACAGUGCCACCAAUCCCUUUGCAGGACAGCAAACCCCCCCAGAUCCUUGCUAUGAUGACACAGGCGCAGCCCGUCGCUGUAUACCCGAGUUUAUCAAUGCUGCCUUUGGCAAAGAGGUCAUGGUGUCAAGUGUCUGCGGUCGUCCUCCAUCCCGUUCCUGUAGUGUAGUGGAGCGGGGCGAUGAUCGACCAUCUGUACGUACAUGCCAAAUCUGUGAUGCAGCAGACCCACGCCGUGCCCACCCUGCGUCCUACCUCACUGACCUCAACUCAGCCCACAACCUUACCUGCUGGCAGUCAGAGAAUCUGAACACUUCACCGCACAACGUGACUCUGACACUUUCACUCGGCAAAAAGUUUGAGAUCACCUACGUCAGCCUGCAGUUCUGUUCACCAAGACCUGAGUCCUUAGCCAUUUAUAAGAGCAUGGACUAUGGCAAGACCUGGAUGCCCUACCAGUUCUACUCCUCACAGUGCCGGCGCAUGUACAACCGGCCAAACAAAGCAACCAUUACCAAGCAGAAUGAACAGGAGGCUCUUUGCACAGAUGGCCACACUGACCUCUACCCGCUUUCUGGAGGACUCAUUGCCUUCAGUACUCUUGACGGACGACCUUCUGGAAAAGACUUUGACAACAGCCCAGUUCUCCAAGACUGGGUCACCGUCACUGAUAUCCGAGUGGUCUUCAGCCGGCCACAGCUACCCAGAGAGCUGGCACUGGGGGCUGGAAGCAAUAGCGGAGGGAGGGAUGACGAUCCCACAGCAGUUACGUCAACACUACCGACUUAUUUCUAUGCAGUGGGAGACUUCCAGGUGGGUGGGAGGUGUAAAUGCAAUGGACACGGCUCACGCUGUGUGAAAGAUAAAGAGGGCAAACUGGUGUGCGACUGCAAGCACAACACAGAGGGACCUGAAUGUGACCGCUGCAAGCCCUUCCACUACGACAGACCAUGGCAGAGGGCCAACGCCCGUGAGGCCAAUGAGUGUCUACGUAAGUUUGACCCCAUCUACCAUUUCACAUGUGCUUUCAGUGAUAUCUAUAGCAGACUUUCUUGGACAUCAAAACCCAGUCAUAAAAGAAUAUGAGGUAUUUUUUAUUAUUGUAUUGACCCCUGUAAAAGAAGAAUGCAGAUGUCCUGAGUUAGAAAAACCCUCUCUUGUUCUAUUCUCCAACACUUCCCAAGGAUCCAGAUGGAAAGUUUUCCUCAAGUAAUAACCCUCUAAACCAUGGAAUGUUUUUGCCUAUAUGGACAUGAUACAUAGGGGGAAAUAAUUCUUUUUUAUUCAGGAGGCAGAUGAGGACGAGAAAAUAAUUAAAAUUGUGGUUAUUUAUUUCUCACUUGGGCAAAGUUAUGACCUUUCACCACCCUCUUCCAGGAUAUGAGGACAGCAAUUAAAAUGCUGGCCAACAAACUGAAAUACAAACACACUCUGGGAAAGAGAAGGGGAAGUAGAAAAGGAGAUAUUUAACUGAGUUGACCUGUGUUUGACUGUCACAGGGGUAAUUAAGAAUCUUGCCAGAGCUCACCGGAUGGGUUUGUGUUUAUACAGGUGAGGAAUUCUGGUAGCAUAAAGUGGUUGAACCCACAACUUUGGCAGCGUCUCUCUAAACAUGUGCCAUCCUUCCCUUGCAUUUCCCCUCAACUCCCUCUAUUUACCAUUCCUUAACGGGGAAACAGGCAUACUUUCCAGAAAAUCAUGUUUUCUGGACUUCACCAUGAAAAUACUCCUCUCAUAAGCAAGUCUAAACAGUGGAUGACAACAACUCGAGUCAUUGGCACACAGCUACCGCUAAGUCAUCCAAGAAUGUUAUUUGGCAGUGUUUGCCUUUACCUCAAGACAUGCUCUGAGAAAGUCAUCCAGACAUGCUCUGAAAGCUUGCCAAGGAAAAUUAUAGCAAUUUCUGUUGCAGUGUUUGUUGAUAUAAAUGGAUUACCUUUUUAUUGGAUUAGGCUUUGAUAUGAUAACAGGGUUUUUGGUGCGAUAUUCAUUGCAUUUAGUCAUUUCAUGACUGGAAAGAUACAAGGGUUUGCCAUAUUAGCCAUGGUUCUUUGGCAGAAAUUUCUGCUCUCAUAUGUGUAUGUUGGUGGUAAUUUUGACAGGAUUUUUCUGUAAGUAUAAAUAGACAUAAGAGGAACUUAAUUCAGAUCAAUUUUGCUUGUCAAAAAAAUUUGUUAGCGUAGGAAAAUAAACCCAUAUAAGAAACCACUGUCCCCUUGUUAACCCUUCCCCAUGAUAAAAUAAAAUUACAGCCAGAAAGGAAAAAAAAUGGACAGAACAUAAAAAAACAUUAUAUAUUUUUCUAACAUGCUUUAAUUGCCCGCUGAACUGGCUUGAGAUCAUAUUUGACAUUGAACAGUGCCAGAUCUGUUCAAAAAGGGACAGAGAGUGACACAGCUAGAGGAGUUUGGCCUUUUUAGCAUUAACCUGGCCAACCAGUCAAACCCUCUCUUUCUGCUCCUAAACCUUCCAAGCCAACACUACCUUACUUUGGCUUCUCGUCUGUCCUUGACACCCUCACUUACUCAGCCCGUACAAGCACUCACACACACACCUAGCCCCUUCUAAAACAAUAUCCUGUGAAUCCCUCAGUGUGUUCACAAUCAUACUUUCACACACACCCUUUUUCAAAUGUCCCGUAGCUGUUUCCGAAAUGUUACACACACUUCCCGUAGAUGGCUUCUCAGCGGGGUUGAUAUGUCACUUCAAUCCACAGUUCUUGGACUAAACAGCCGGGCUGCACUCGCCAAUUCUGAUGACCUAAUCCCAGUGUUGAUACACGGCAGUUAAAGUCUAUUGGAAGUUGCACGCUAUACCUGAUCACACAUCCGGACACGCCAAAUGUCAGUCCCAGAUGUCUCCAAUUUCAUGUUCCAAGAGCUUUUUUACAGCUUAUUCCAGCCAAAAUUGUUCCUGAAUAUCCUCAAAGCAGCAGGGGAGGCUUUAAAAAUCCUCUCUUGUGUGUAUUUAAGUCCAUUCUUAAAAUGCUCCCAACCCUUGUUGAUUUGCUUUUCUUUCUGACACUGUGCACAAAUGGGGACAGGCUGAAGUGCAAGCCUCGAGGCAUGCCGCUGUGGCUGCGAGGUGUAAGUAUUUAGACUGUGAACAUGUGUAAGAGUGACAAGUUGUAGAGACAAGGAGUCCCUUAGGUGUCACCAGAGCAUACAUGAGCCCCUCUGGGUGUUUGGGUUGGACGUAGGGUCUGAGGGGGCCAGGCUGAGGUCAUGAUCCUUUGUGGGGUGGUGACAAGGUUAAGUUUACAGAGGGAUGGCUUGUGGGUAAUGUGGAAUUCAGAGUGGGCAGAUGUUGAACCAGAUCAAUAGCAGUUUCCCCCCCAAACUCUGAAACUGUCAGUCCUUGAGAAAUAAUGAGUCUGGUAGAGUUCACCACCCAAACAUUAUUGUUGGGAUUGUUUAAAAGACUUUUCAGAGAUUUGCCCUCACUCCUAGCAGCUUCGACCUCGGCUCUGGAAACCUGAAGUCACACUCCAGGCUUCUGGCUAUGUAAUUCAUCUCCUCUGAACAUAAAAUAUGACAUCUAGAAAGGAGUUUAAAUUGGUUUUAAUAAAAACUUAAAAAUAUUUGCUUAAGCUUCUGGCAGAAUUGAUUUGAGUUGAGCAAAGUGAAUUGGAUUUUAUGAAUGUUAUUACAUUUAAUUCAGCUAUUUACAGCAAGUAUGCACAUUGUUCAUGAUAUUUAUUAAUACUGGAUGGUAGUUGGAUGGGGCUGGUGUCAAGUGGCAGCAGGAGGAAUUUAGCUCUGGGUUAAUAUGGCUCAAGUUCACACAGCACACUUGUCGAGCGAUAUUGUGCUAAGGAUGCUGAGUGCCAAAACCCAUAAUUGCAUUAGCUUUGAAGAGAAAAAAGGCUCAGCCAAAUCGCAGUUAGUGGACACAGGCCCUGAUGAGAUGCUCAACUUUGAUUUCAUUUGCGAUUUCGCUAGUUUGGACCAAAUUUUAAUGGCUUUCGAUCUUUCCCCUGCAUUUCAUUGUUUUGAACGGGCUGGUUCAAUAGUUCACUUGUCUUUGGCAUUCAUCUUCACUCUCUAAUACUUUCUGCAGUCUGCUAUGAACACACAUGCCCAUCUGUGGCCUACCUCCCUAUGAAUCCCGCCUCAAGACAACAGUUUACAAAUCUGCUCUCUAGGAGUCAGAGAAAGCAGCCUUGUAAAGAAGUAUGUCUGUUUGUAUUGAGAGAGACAUGAUGGAAAAAGCUGUGAUUUAUCUGCCUGAAGUUUAAGCCACAGGACAGAAUGAGGAAACAGAUGGAUGAAAACUGUUUCGUUACUGGUGACCGAGUGAUUGCUUCUCUGCUGGCAUGGUCUAUGUAGAUACUUCUUGCUGACUUAGAAAUGUGUGACAAUAUAUCAUGCCAUAAUGGAGUCUGCCAAAGUCACAGAAUAAGAUGAAGAGGCCUCUUGCAGAGUCAAUGACAGUGUGACAUGCUGAGUAGAUGAUAAUUUAUGGCGGUGUAGACGCUCUCUGGUCUUGGCUGUGUCUGCAGCUAUCUUGGCCUUGUUUGGCUACGGCACCAAGCCCUUCCUUUCCCUCAUUUGGACUGAGCCUGCAGGAAGUCCAGAGUACUGCUCUGGGCCAGACACCAUCCAUCCCUAAUGGACCAGCCAAGCCAGGUCUGUUCCCAGUGUUUGCCAAGCACUGUGGUAUGCAUUCAUAGCAUUAACUACAGAGGUCACAAGGAGGCUGUUUGCCAUUCGGACUGAUUGGACAGAAAUGCCGGUGAGCUGCGGUUGGUAGAGCUGGGUGUUCCUCUCUCUGCUGCAGCACUUGGGCGUGGUGUUGAAUAUUUAUAAUGGUAAACUUUGUUUUAUACUGUGUCCGGUGGGGGAUGAGUGGUAUGGCAAUGCUGGUUUUGCACAGGAGGGAGUUUCCUUUGAAAUUAAAUCAAUCAACCGAGGUAUUCAUUUUAAACUCCCAUUACACAAAAGCCCAUGUCAUCACCUGAAGGAAAUUCACCUAAAUUAGUUAUUACCUCCAAAAAAGUUACGACCAGUUACAUAAUAAACUUUAUUUGACCAUGUCUCCCAUACUCAUGAAUGAGGUAGUUUUAAAAUUUGAGUUUAGCUUCAGAAGGAUGCAGAAACUAAACAUUAAAGCCUCCAACAGACUAAUCUGGUUAUUUUAGUGGGCUCUGCCUAUUUUUUGAUGAAACUAGGGGCUAUAAACUGAGGGAUAAUGAAGAUUCUUGGGACCUGCUGAGGUGAAUAUGUGUGAACAUUUGUGUCCAAGGAAAGGGUCGGUGGGAACAAAAGCCCUGGAACAAGAGCACCAACGAAGGCUCAGAGUAGAAACUGAGGAACCACAGCAGCAAAAACUCUCUUUUUGAAAUGUCUCAUUCUCUCUUUCAUCAUUUUUCUUUCCGACAAGUGGCAGAUGGUUGUUUUUUGCUGAUUAGAAUUUCAAAAUAGGCCGCUAUCCUUUCACACCAAUCCCCCACCCCCACCCCUCCACAUCUCCUUGCAAGGGCAAGUACAGGUCAGGCCCAUGUCCCAGUCUUUAGAGCAGAUUUGUUGAGGCACUUUGUUGGUUUGCUGAUUGAGAAAUGACUUCACAUCACGCAUGGAAAUAUGGCAUUGUAUCUAACUAUGCAGUUUGGGUUUUGAUUCUCAACUGUUGCAAAUGAGUCAGGGUUUGUUUGAUUUUUCUCUUUCAAAAGUUUGCUGUUUGUUAACUUUUUAGAUUACCAUGAAUCUAAAUACUCAUAACUUGAAUCAGUUGAAAUCGAGAAGUCACAUCCUAUGGUCAGCUGAAACUUUGCUGUCUGUCCCUAGAGGGCAACAUGAUAUGAAGCUCAGCCAGAUGCCAAAUGUAGCCGGCUAGGGAUGAAAAAAGCCAGAGCUGCUGUGACAUUAUUGCAUGAAUGUGCCAUGUUCCUGCUUUUGCUAAUUGGCUUAAAGACCUUGCCUCUACUUCCAAGUCUGCCUGGACGCCUGUCGCUGGAGGCUAACAGGGAACCAACACUUGAAUUACUUACAGAACGACGCGCAAAUGAGUAGGAGAUGUUUAUGUGUGUACGUUGUAAAGGGUGAUGAAGGGGGGGCUGAGUGAAAGAAAGUGAUUUUGAGAAAGAAACCUCCUGUGCUUUCCAAUAAUUACACAGCAGAGGAAUGUUGUUCUAAAAUCAACAGCCCUAUGAAAUGAUGCCUCUGGGGUGGUUAGCGUGAGACGUCAGGGCUACGAGGCCAACAAACAUGAGGUGUGAGAGGUUUGUUUUUGUUUAGCGUGAGCGUGUUUUUAAGAGCGGAGAGUGGGAACUUCCUUUAUCUGGCUGAGACAACAAGGUUUGAUCAGUUUUUGAUCAGUUUGAACUUCAGUUUUGCCUCUUGCCUUUAUUCCCUCUGUCAGUAAUGCAGCCUUGGUUCAGGACCAACCCACAAAAGAUUGAUGCUUUUCUCAUUCUACAAAGCCACCCAUAAAGGCUCCUGGCAAGUAGGGAACAUGGUGAAACAAAUGUUAAAGACAGCAAAGUGUCAAAUAACAGAGUAAAUGUCAGCUGGGUUAAAACGCUGGAUCUUGAGGAAAUGCUCUGCUGCUGCCUGAGGCCAAGAGUGUGUGAGUAAGUGUGUGCGUGCACCUCUUUGCAUUUUUGCGUUGGUGAGAGCGACAUGUAAUCUAGUCGUCCAAUGAGCGUUUCAUCCCUGUGCCAAAGCAAACUGGUUGAGCUGCAGUGUGCCCACCCUGCUCUCCACGGCCCCCAUCAACUCUCCCUCACAGAUGGUAGCAAUCACCUCCCGAGGUGCCCGUCACCACCGGCGCUCUCUUCCUCUCUCUCUCCAUCCCUGUGUAACUGACUCUUGUCAAAGAUUAACUCCUUGCCUGGAUGUUUUCCUGCCUGUGACCUCUUCUUUUAUUUCAUUUUUAUAUAUUUUUCUUCUGCUCAAAUCAGCCUUUUUCCAUCUCUCAUUGACUUCCUCGUGUUUUGCUAACAGUUUGCCUCUGCAGGCCUCUUUUGCCUGAAAAAACAUGUGGUUUUUGGCAGCACGCCGGUGUUGCUGGUGGCAGCAAGAUUCAGAGGCUGUUAAGAGAAAAUAUAUGUCUGUUUGUUAUGAGCGCAUGACAAUGGCUCUGCUCCCUUUUGAACUGUGGUUUUCUGUCUGCCACAGGCCGCCUGACUGAUAAGACCUCAACACUGCGCUUUAUGUCACGUGCAUGCAUUUAAUACUGCCUGUUUUUUGCAUUCAUGCAUAUUCAAAUGGAUAUUGAUCAAAUGCAGCUAUAUGCAUAUAAAUGUAUUGAUCGUAGAUGAACAGACAGAUGUGGCUGGGCUGAAGCAUAGAGUGUAUAAAAGGAAGGGUGACUUGAUAGCUGCUCAAAAGCUUUUUCUGAUGAUUGGCUGCUGUAUAGGUCAUAAAUCCAACCUCCUCCAGUAACAGAUGAGAUAUGGUAUAAACUAAUAAAAAAAAUUAAACGCAAAUUACUUUUUUCCAAAACAUGCAUUCUGUCCAGAUGGAUAGGUCGUACUAUGCUAUGCUAGUUUAUGUUUUAAUGUUUAAUUUUAUCGGCAAAGUUUAGUUUCAGUUGUUUAUAUGAUGCUAAAAGGAGGAGAUGUGGAACCAUGACUGAAAGCUUAAUGAGCUCUUUACUGGAUUAGCAGAGAAAAAGAAGACAGGUAAAAGUAAACCAGACUGUAUAAAAUAUUGACUCAGACCCUGUGAGGUCACCCUCUGGUUUCUGAAGAGGACUUAUGAAGCUAAAUCAUGGAAGUCACCAUGUUGAGUCAGCAUGACUCAAUCCAACUUUCAGUCAAUUUAGGUCCAGACAAAAAGGUUGGCGUUAAAGUGGGCAUUAAGACCCCCUGCAAACAAUUACGGCACAUCUACCUGCCAGUCAAAUUAGCCUUGUCCUGAAUUAUGCAAAUCCAACAAAAAUUAUCUGAAACAUAAACCAAAUGGGUGGGAUACAAUAAAACUCCAGCGUAAGAGGAGGAAACAAGCAACCUCAACCAAAAGCAUCUCUGAACCUGGUUGUAACCAUGUUCAAUUGUAACAGAAAUAUGGGUAUGUCAACAUAAGCUAAUUAAGGUAUUGCAGAGCUUUUGGAGCCAGCCCCAAGUGGACUCCUGUUUCUUGUACUUGAGCACAUGCUUCAUCCUAAAACACUGAAAGUUGCAGGUUGAGGAAAACAAACUGAUCACCAACUUAAAAGUCAUUUAACUUCCCAUCACUUUAAGUAUUCACUCCAAAUGACACAACAAGCUAUUACGCUGUAGACUAAGCCAACCUGAGAGACCCUUGCUGUUUUAUUGGUAAGUUAAAUGUUUGCUUUGGUUAGCUGAGAGGGUUUGAAGUCAACUCUGCAGCUACCAGGCUGCUACACAGGCUCCAAAACACAUCGCCAGUGCGUUAUGUCAGAGCCCAGAGCCUAGUGCAGCAGGAGUUAGUUCAUAAACUGUCAAUGGACUCAUGCAAACAAAUUUUUCCAUCCAGUUUUUAAUCCUAAUGGGCAGGCAAAUAAAGGCCAAACCAACCAGUUCUGUUGAAUAAUCCAAAGGGAGUUUCUUUAGCAAUAAGAAGGCAUUGGAAGAUUUGUGGUAAACAGUCAAAAACAAAAACUCUUGCUGCCAUCUUUGAGAACUAUAAUCACACAUGGGCCACAUGAUUUUAACUUUCGAGUCAAACAGGCACUGAUUUGAAUCCAAAGAUUUAACAUAACAGCUUCACCAGCAGAUGGUAGUUUUCAAUGGAAUUAGACAGACAAAAAUAAACUUAGUUUUGCAGUAGAAAUGUAAAAGUCUUUGUACUAUCAUCAGUUAUUGGCAAUGUAAUUAUGAUGGUUAAUGUCCCAGGAGGCCACAGGAAUGGAAAGAACAAACAGAUGUAUUCAAGACUCUAACUUCUUAUCUCAGUUGCCUUCAGUUCUGGUUCUGCAUCCUCACCCCAGGACCAUCUUAGCCUUGGUCUCAGAGAGAAAAUACAUUUUCCCAGGAUGUCUGGUCACAAUGAUGCAUUUACAUCAUAUGUUCCAUCCAUCACUUCCUAUUUAUAAAACCAAUACAUGCCUCGCCAAAAAUGGACCAUGUAGUCAUGUAUGCCAAGACUCACGUCAAAGUGAAUCUGUUUUACCUUGGAUCUCAGUGAUGAUAUGAUUGCACAACAGUGGUCUACUCCUUCCCCUGUAAUCAGGAGUGAAAAAAAAAAAAAACACGAGCGACUAAGACAGACAGUGAAGGCCAAGGCGGGACAGAGAUAACAAUGUUUAGAUGUGGGGAAGUGAAGUGGACCAGAGAGAGGGAACAGAGCUAAGGACUCAACUCUCCACUGACACCAGGCCCCCGAACCUGGCAACCCGCCAGCGUAAUCUUGUUAAAAUCCCUCUCUGCCUGAUGCCAUCCGCAGAGAGAAAAGGGAGAUGGAGGAAAGGAUGCAAGGGGUGGAAGAGGAAGCAAGCAGAAAGAAGAGAGAGGCGAGCAGCGAGAGUAUUUAAGAUGGGGUCUCAUGAAAGUAAGAGGAGAGAGUGAGAGAGACGGGGAGGGGGGCGGGGGAGCUUGGGGAGGCUGGGAGAGGAAUUAAGGAGACUCUUAGUUCAAAAGGGCUCCCAAGAGCCGGCUCUUAAGCCCACGACGUGAGGCUAACCGCAGAAACCAUUUAAGCGAGGGAAGGGGAGGGUUGAGACAUGGUGUCAGAGCUAGAAGUAAAAGAUAUGUCUGUGUGGAAAAGAGCGAGAAGAGCUUAAUCGGCUUUGUUGGGGAAAGCUGGAAGUUAGUAGCGCUAUUGCACGCUACAUGUUAGGGACAUAUGUACAGCUCAAGUAGUAGUUGUUCUUUUUAUUCCUUUAGCUUUAUUUGAGUCUGAGUCUCAGCUGGUUGUCUAGCUAAGACCAAGAAGUGUAUACAUCGCUUAAAGUCUUAGCCUUAUAACUCAAGUCUAGCAAUUCUCUAACAGUCACUUCCUUUUUCAGGAGGCACAUACUCUAACGUGUGUAUGUAUGUGUGUAUGUCCACACUGUAUACACUGCCUUGGCUCUAAUGAGGAGCUAAUUAACCGGGUGUUACCCCCAGUGCCCUGAGCAGGUGGCUGGAGCAGCCAGGCGGAACUCAGCCCAAACACACACACACACACACACACACACACACACACACACACACACACACACACACACACGCAAUGGCAGGAGACCAUAUAGUAGAGCCUGUUUGGCCAAGCAGGGAAGAGCACCCAAUAGGGGGAGGGUUGCAGCAGGUCUGGACUACGGCCUAGACCAAGAGGGAAGAGUUGGUGUUGAGAGAGCUGCACUCCAAAUUUCAAGGACCAAUUUUAGCCAUGGGAUUUGGGUUUUGCAUGGGCAUCCAAAAUCAAUUGGCUGUGCUUACUGGCUUGGCUUUGGGCAUGCUGAAGGAAAAAUGAGGUUAGAUUUAUCCCUGACAUAUGGAGGGGAACAGAGAGGAGGUGCACUCCACAAACACACUUGCAUUUUAUUUGUUGAGCGCAGUCUUUAUGGGCCAAUUUGUCAUUGCACACUUGACAGGCCAGUGUGUGAGCUUGUUCAGGGCACAUUUACUUGUUGAUGCACCUGUUAUGAAAGCUGGAAUAAAGGAAAGUGCUCCCAUGUCGAUCUACAUUACCUGAAAUACUCUGUUUUUACUCCCUGUAGGCCUGUGUCAAGAAGUAAAGGCCAAGAUCACAAACUGAGAUUUACAGGACAAGAUGUCUGACAAAAACAAGACAUGUACUCGAAGAAGUUGUUUCAGCACUGGAGGCAUUUGGCUGUUUUCACAAAACAACUAUUCUCUCUUUAGUAAAAUUUUCCGAGGGGUUUCUUCUCCUACCCCUCUCCAUCCCUUCAUUCAAUUUUUGUCUCCGCAUAUGCCAAGCCUGUAGCCUGUGUUUGUUGCUCGAUUUCCAUGACAACACCAGAAACCAGAUUUACGCAUCUAUAAAUUGGACACUGACCCAUAAAGGAGCCACAUCCUCUGAAAGAUCACCUCCUCUUUGCUUGACUUUCCACCACCCACAGGACUCCACUUUUUUUUUCCUCCAACAGAUAAGAAUUAGUGUGUUUGCAGCGCACUAGUGAGGCUUUGAUGUGUUAAUGAAUUGAAAAAUGGCCUUCAACAGUGUUCAGUUAUCCCCGCUGAGCCUAAUUUGAGUGGGUUGGGUGUGGGUGGGUGGGUGUAUGGGUGAGGGAUGCUGGAGUGGUGUUUGGAGGGAGGAAGGGGUUGCAAGAAAGGGAAAGAGGUGGGAUGUUAGAGCGUGUGUAUAAGUGUGUGUGUGCGCAAGCACUUCAAAACAAACCCAUAAACAUUCCAGGAUCCUUGGGCAGCUGCAGCUUAGAGUUGAAGUUAACAGCACACAGCAUGUAGGCUAUUAAAGAAAGCACACACAGAUGCACAUAAUAACACCUACAUAAUCUCUUCUGAGGCUUUUUCAUCAUCUAUUUUUCCUCCUGGGUUCCAUUUCAUUCACGUUUUUCUGCGGCGAAUCCUUCCCAACUAUUCCUGACAGAUGCCGACCUUCCCCUCCUUUCAUACACACUCCAAGAAACGCACUUCUACACAUGCUAAAUCAUUUAAAGGUUAAAUUCUGGAGCUUUCUUUACAUUCUCCACACUUCAACAUAUCCUCUCCUACUUCAGACUGAUCUUAUUGCACAGCUGUAAACGGAGGAGAUGCCUUAAGAGGGCCGUUUGGUACUUCAGCAAAGGAGAAAAUGCGAUCCACGGCUUUCAUGUUCUGCUACAAGGUGUUAAUGGACACAAGUGCUCACAGCUGUGUGUGUGUUUGAGACGCUUGAUCACAAUCACAGCCGCCCCACCUCGUUCUCCCCUCCCUUGCAGCCCGCUCACCAGAGCUGGUGUGUUCUUUGUCACAUUCCCCUUGGAAGAGGCCGGACAGGUUGUUUGGUUGUUCACAUGCACUCGCACACAAGAUACACUCGCACAUGCUCAGAGAGAGACAGGAACCAAUUUCAGGAAAUGUGUCAUCAAUUGUGUGCAAUUUUUUCAUUUAAAACAAGGACAACAUCACUUAGAAGGAGAAAGUGUUUUGAACUCGCUGAAUUUGCUGGCUUCCUCCUGCCUUGCCUCGCUCUCUCAUCUCUGGCGGAUUCUCUUCUUUUGGACUGUUCUCUGGUGUCAAAGGUCAACCCACAUCUUUAAAUCACUCAUCCGUAAGAGCACACAAAAGAUCCCUCACUGUCUCUAUCUCCAAAACAUGAAUACAUAUAUAAAACAGCAUUUCAUUGACCAAAGAAGUUUAUACAAAAUGAGCCACAUAAUAACCAGAUGGAAGAGGGAAACAGUCUGGGAAUGUGCACCCCCUUUUUCAAGGUCCAGCCAGGGAAAGCUGGGCCUCUUUCCCAACCUGAUGCCAGGCUUCCCUUUCAUUGUGGAUGGGGAUGCAUGUAUUGUUCACUGCUGGCAGUUCUUCACAUAUGUACAGUAUUUGAGUGAUCCUUAAGUCUCAUUAACAGUCAUUGAUGUAUGAUAACCUAAAAGGAGCCAACGUAAUAUAGUACAGAUACAAUGAGCUCAGUGUAACUUUAGAGCUGACCUUGGCAGCAGCAGGAAGGAACACGCAAGUCAGCUACCAAUCCUGUGUAAAGAUGUGGAUUUUUAUAACUGGUUCAGUGGUAGCUCAUAACACCAUGAUUCAAGUCAGAGAUGCAUCAUCUCCAAAUCUCACAGGCUGACUUUAUAUAUGUGAAACAGAAAGUUUAAGUUUCUUUCAAUGGACUUUGUUGUUGCAGCUCUAAUGCCAGCCACCAUAGCAAAUUGUAGCUUUAGGGGGGCUUUCACAUCUAUGUCAUUUGGUUCGGACUUUUGGACUUUACUGUUUAGGUGUGAAACCUCCCCAGGACCUUGGUCUGGACCAAAAGAGGUGGUCUCGGUCUGGACCAAACUGAACCAUGCUCUGGUUCAUGCCCAGUGUGAAAGCAUUAUUUUGAGAGGUUCGGACCUUCGUACCAAAGACAGGAAAUAAUGCAAGGAGUACAAGUGUCUGAUAUUAUGUGUAAUCGAGAUUGUCUGAUAACUGGAAAUUUGAUAACAUUGUAGAUACUGUUAUACCUCACUAUUGACAGCUUAUCUUUUCAAGAGUUUUACAACACAUACUGUCUCUCCAGAGUCAGUGUUGCAAUGGCUCGUAGGAUCAUAUACUUUCCUCUACUUUCCUGUCGAUGAUGAGAAAGUUGUCGUCUAAUGAUAAAAUUCAUAAGACGCACUCGGACCAGCCUCAUGUACAGUUCUUCUUUAUCACUGUUGGUAGUUAAAAACAACAAUAAUACGAUGGGGGAAAUGACGAUUUUAUUCAUGUUUACAAUAAUCAAGAUUCACGUUAUUCAACGUGUUGACGUCAGAUGCCCACCAGCCAAAUGACCGUCAGUGUAGACUACAGAGACAUGCAAAGCACGUAGUUGAUGACGAUAUCACGCAGGUUUGUCAUGUUAAGUUUGUUAAUCUGUUUUCAAUAAUGACGGUGCGAAACUUAAACAGACCAAACCAAAUGUAUAUAAUGUAACAAAAACACGGACCUUGGUUUGGACCUUGCGCUGGACUUUCAGGUGUGAAAACACCCUUACAGACAGUAUUAAGAAUUCAAAGUUUGCAUCAAACUCUAAGCAAAAGAAAGAUUAACAUUUCCAAACAAUGCACUGGCUAAAAAAUGAUGCAAUAUAUGAAAUACAGGCUUUUGUGCCAUAUUCAAAGAGAGGACAGUUGAAAGAGCAGGAGACAGAGACAGAGCGUGGGGAGGGACAUGUGGGAGGGGCUACAGAUUGGAGUCAAACUCCAAUCUUGGCUUCCCGCUAGACGACUUUUGCACAUUAGUGCAUGAGACUCAACUGCUGCUGGGCCAAACAGGCAUUUAAAUGUUUAUUGCUACUUCAACUUUUGAGCGUAGUACUGAUCAGAACUGGUUUGCAAAACACAUUUUUCAAAUGAAAUUGUUCUGUCAAGAUUGUAGCCAAAAAUUUGACAUUGAAAAAAUGUCGGGAGCUCCCACAGCUAUUCGUCCUUCUGACAAGCAGAACUUACACAGUGUAGAGGCUACUUAAACAGUUACACAUGCUCUUAUAAUCACUGAGAACAUGAGUGAGACAGAGAAACACUCUGAAAGUAGUUGAAAAAUAGAUGUCUUAUUAAAUGUUUCAGCUUCCUACUCAUCAGUCAUUGUAGUGCACAUAAAAGCCUGUCAGGUCUCCAGCCAUUCUGUCUUCAUUUACUCCCCAUUGUUGUUUUUAUCCUCUUGUAAACAUCCAUUGUUAGUGUAUUUCUCAAACACAUCCCACUGGAUUAAACUUAAUUAAUAUCAUCUUUAAUUCUGAUCCCUAAUAAUCCUACUUUGCCCUAACUGUUGAAGUUUUUGGUCAAACAGCUUUUCUGUUGUUUACCGCUCACUAAUUUAUCUGUGGACAACUUUGAAAUGGAGCAGAGCCCCGCAGAAGUCGCCUUUGAAGCCACCGCCAAGUCUUCAGGUCCCAGGUCUGACUCUGAUUUAACCAGUGGAGGGUCUGGAUCAAACUCAAUCUUACACAAACACGAAAGGCAGGUUUCUUAUUAGGCUUUGCAAAUGCAAACCCCACAUGGAGAGUGGACUGAGUUUAUGAAAAAUGCCAAAGCCAGUGGAUGUGGUCUAAUAUUGGGGAAUCAAUGGAAAGUCUUGUGAGGAAAAGAGACAUUAAGGAAUCAGCCGGAUUUCAAGUGGAACUAGGAGAGCUUGAGAGGAGAUAUAAGCUCACUUCACAUGUCCAAUAUAUUGCGGCUCGCCUCAUUUAGAAGACAGCCAGCCCGAACUCAUUCCUUUAUGUGAAUCGCUCCCUCUUUUAAUAGAUCUACAGAGUCUUUACUCAUCAGUGAUUCGCAAAAUUAAUGUCCCUCUUUCCAGUGAUUAAUAACUAAUGGGGCUGAGAGAAGCUGAAUUCAUUAAUUAUGAAAUGGAGAAAAUGAGCUCUGCAAAUAUCACUUUUGAUUGAUGAGCUCUGGAAUAGCAGCCAAGCACAGAGCCGCAGUGUAGAUUAUAAACCACUCGCUGCUGCUGCCUUACUGGAAAAAAACUCCCCCUGCUCCCUGCGCUAUACAUGGAAGUAAGCAUAUGUUUCAGCGCAACGCACACGCCAUGUGAACAUUUAAUCCUCGCUAACUUACAUUUAACCUCUAAACGGAUAAAUACUGUGAAGUUACUAUAAACUUCUACAUUAUUUAUGCAAUCACACGACUGACGCCAUUAACUUUCUUCUUCCCUCUGCAGCGUGCAACUGUAACCUCCACGCCCGUCGCUGCCGAUUCAACAUGGAGUUGUAUAAGCUGUCAGGGAGGAAGAGCGGAGGGGUCUGCAUGAACUGCCGUCACAACACUGCAGGCCGCCACUGCCACUACUGCAAGGAGGGUUUUUACAGAGACAUGGCCAGACCUAUCACUCACCGACGGGCCUGCAAGGGUAAGUAAACAGAGAAAGCUGAAGAGUGCACUGCUUGUGAAGCUGUACAGAGCCAGCUGGUGGACAUAGUUAUGAAAAAUAUUGUCAGUUAAUAUUCUUACCAAGCAUUUCAAUCCUUUAGUUUCCUCAAUAUUAAUGAUACUAGAUACUGAACUUUGAAGAAAUGACCUCCUACCCCAAACCCACAGUAUUCAACUGUGGAGUUACAGGAAAAGCUGCCUGAAUUAAUCUAGUUGUGCAAAAGCUUCAAUAACUCUGUCAUUUCAAAUAGAGAUUUUCUUUUCAUGUUAAAAGUUAUGAUUGAAAACACACACAAUUAUCGUUCCUGUCCUUCAAAAACAUCCACUACAAUAGGAGGCAGAAAUGCCGUCUGCUAAAUACCACACACCACAUGAUAUUAUCGCUCAUCCGAGGCUCUUCUCAUGGAAACAUAUUUCAACACGUCAUUAUUUUCAGGGUGAUAGAGGAGUGAAAGCAUUUCUCUCCAUUUGCUGGACAACUCCACUUUCCCGAGCUUGUUUCUCAGGGUAAUAUUUUACAUGAGUGGCCGGGACGUCAUUUUCGUUUUCUUCUGUUGCUCCGCAGGGAGGUAGAGGAUCACAUCCAGAACACUAAAAAACAGCAUCACUAUGAGUUGUGAGUGAAGAUCUUUUGGUUGAAUUUUCUUGGCGGGAAUAUUUCACUGGCGUACGCUCAGUUUUCCCUCUGCAACCGACCCAAGAUGUAACAGAACACCAGGAGGUUAGAAAUAGCACGAUAUUAGUUUUGCAAAGUAGUCGGGCCAUUCAUCACACACACAGCAGUAUCGUGGUUGCAUACCUCAAAGUUAAGUCAUUCGACCUGUUACUGCGGAGCACAGAGACAGAUAUCUGCCUCUAUCCUGGCCGGAGAUCCACACUGAGACAUGCGUCCUCAUGUGCAAAUUGUUCCCUUAUUUUCCAUUUCCUGCAAUACCUUUGUGUGAUUCUCUCCCACACUCACACACGGCCCCUGACACUGCAAUUUGUCCUUAUCAAAGCCUCAAGAUCAGGUGGUAAACAGUUUAUCUCCCUCCCAUACAGAGAGCCCCAGAUGUGACGGAAAUGAAAGUUAACGUCCGAAAAGCCUCUCCUGAGCUGCCGGCUCUGUGAUUGAUCAGAGCAAUUCCACUGCCUUCCAGGAGCCGUCAUUCUCCUCCGCCUCGGCCUUUGCUCACUGUUUUUCUUCUCCAACUUCUUCAUCUUCCAUGAUUGUUUAUAACCACCAUCUCCUCUUCCCUCUUGACUUCUGGUUUCUCUUUCCAUGACAGAUACAAGCCUCUAAACCGUUCUCUUUUUCCCCCCAUCCAGUUUUGAUCUCCUCUGUGUUUCAUCUCCAUGUGUCAGGGUUAAGAAAGAGGUCGCGGGUGUGGUAGAGCUGUAGAGGGGGUGGGUGUCAUGUCUGAAAUGGACUUAAAACAAUAAAAUACAGGUGUUUUCUAGAGGCCAGACAGGAAUGAGGAGAGCUGACUGGAUGAAUAGGCCAUGUCUGUUUCUAAUAAGACCUCCUCUUACAAUAGGUGUCCAGACAGAAUCCGACCAUAUUUUUCCUGCUUCUAUCCCCACCACCACUUACCUCCCACAUACGUAAAGUACAUUAAGUACGAACAUCCUGACCCGAACUGAAUCUCCACUGUGUGACUGUCCAGCCUCUCCAGCAGCCCAAGGUCAAGAAAUAAACCAGAUAAAGGAAUCAUGGCAACAAAAUACGUGGUCUCAAAAAUAACAGGCUUUCAUGUAGAGCUGGGCGAUAAACCGAAAAUUUACAGACACCGAAAUUUACGAUAAUAACCAACAUUAUUUUGCCCAUGUCAAUAUAUUCGGUGUCCAAAAUAAAUAAAUAAAUAAAAGUUGGUUUUGGAUGUGUGUAGGUAGGCUAUGGUCUCAGGUCCCUUUAAGACGCUGUCCUACAUCAGAGACGUGACUCCACCCCAUCCAGUCUGUAACAAAGAGGGAAAGACAGGUGAGGAGAUGGAGGAUGGUUCAAAAGUUGUAGCGGCUAGAGCGGCGGCUGAAGUAGGCGAAGUUAAUGUGGGAGGGGGUGAGCAGCUUGUGCAGUAGUUAUCGUCUGUUUAUUAUUAUCAAGUAUUUCUGUGCUCAUCAGUGUGCAUCUGUCGACCACAAGCAGCAUGGAUAAAAAACAUUCAAAAUGAGGCUGUUGGUUAUCUAUUUAACCCGCCAAGACAAACCAAACUAUCUGUAUGUUUCAAGUAUUUGACAACAGGACGUGUGGAUGUUUGCCAAAAGAAAACUCAGACAGAAAAUGUGUUGCGCGAUAUCAUCACAAUUCACUCAAGUUCCCAACACAGUGCCUGUCAAGUCUGAAAGCCAACCCUUGAAAAGUCAUCAACCUUUCGGGACAUUUUUACUGCUCCUUAACAGUCCCAAGCCUACUGCACAUAAAACUUCAGAAAAGCAGUUUAAGGAGGAAAGCUAAGGGUGGGGAUUGACACACCACUACUUCAGUCACACAUGCAGUCACAGAUGGCAGUCGCUGGUUGUUUACUGAACAACAUGAAGAUUGGCAAUAAACUCUGAUGUCUUAAAAGCUUGUGGUGGUUAAGACAAAUGGGGAACAUCUAACAUGACUCCCAUCUUGAUCUAAUUGACCAGAUUGAGACGAUAGUUUGUUCUGUGUAGUGAUCAGCUGGGAAACAGUGGCCACAUGUCUCUGCAGGCAUGACAGACUGACUCCAGACUCGAAUCAGACGGAUCAAGUAACAGGAAGUUUAUCCCUUAUGCGCUUGGAAACCAUCCAUCAGGCAGGACUAAACCUCAAAUUAGCUCAGCAUUUUUGCAUUUUCACAAAAGCUUGUUCUCUUUAAGCCUGUAUCUGCUUAUAUGUUCAUCAGUGCAGAGGAUAUGUGAUUUACCAUAACUGUGUGUCAGGUGGGUCUCAUCUGAGGAGGCUGCAACUGCCCAAAAAACAUCAUAAGGAAAAUAAGAAUAGAAAAAGAAAUAGAUAGAAAAAGCCAAAACAACGGUAAAACAGCAAACACACUGCAAAUUCACAAAUUGUGCAACACCAGAAACUCACAAAUAUAGAAAACAUGCAAAAGAAAAAACUGAAACUGAGACAUGACAGUGGCAGUACUCCAAGCCUCUAGAGGUGCCGAGUGGAAAAGAUUACAACAUUUUAUCACUGACAGGGGAGAGAGCGAGGAAGACCACACAAUCCCACGCAUUUUUUUUUCCUGACUAGAAGAGUUUAAUCUUUUCAGUUUAGCUGAAAUUAGCUUUGAUACUCAUGUCGGUCACAUGUCUCGUAGUGCCAUAAGCCGACUCUGCAUAAAAUACAGAGUGCUAAAGCUGUGAACUUAAUCAGACCUGCAGAUACUGUCAUUUUAACACAACCUAGUCCUUUCUCAGAAAAAAAAAAAAACCUUGUCAAGUUUAAAUGAAGCUGAACAAGAAAUCAAAAGGUCAAGUCACUAAUAAGUUGCUCUUCUCCUGCCCCUGAAGGCCUGGAGCACUUCUAUUGUCAUGUCUCAAUUUGCAACAUUUCUCCAAUAGCUAUUUUCUGUAUAUGAGCGUCUUCUUCUUAUAUUUUGCAGUGUUUAUGUAUUUGCAGUUGGUUUAAUGUUUCUACAGAUGUUUUGGCUCUUUGCAGCUUGUUUUUUCCUUUGCAGCAUGUUUCCAUCAUUUGCAUGUGUUUAUAAAUGUACCUAGCUUUUGGAUUUCCAGCAUGUUUCUCCAAAUGAAAAACUACUGCGUUUAGGCUGUUAGUGUUAGUGGUUAGUGGAUCUGUUAGUCUUGUCAGCCACUCACCGUAUUAACAUUUUUAAGGGCUGAAACUCCAGGAAUGCCAAAGAUUCUUCAAUGAUCCAUUGCAAAUGUGAUCUGAGUAACUUUUGCAGGAGAUCUGGCACUGACUGUUUUGAAAGGGUGGAUAAAGAUCAAGAGGUUGGAGCAGCAGACAAUCCAGGGACCAUAUUAAAACUGACCCUCGUCAUCCAAGUCCUGCUUUGUACACUGCCCUCUGCAGAUGUGGUUUUGAUUAAGGUUAGUCAGAAACGCUAACAAAGUGUCCUCAAAGCUUGAGUUUCCCACUUGGGUUUGCGUGACUCAAAUGGUGGAGAUUUUGCACGGACACUUGAAGCAUCAGAUUUACGUCUCAGCUUCAAACAGAGCGCAGCCACUUUGACACCUGUGGACCGGUUGGCCUUGCCGGAAAAGGCAAACGUGUUCCUGAAGAUCUGAGCAGCAGUUAAUCCCCUCUCCACCCUGCCGCCAGACACACACGAUCACUCUUGGGUCAGUUUCAGCCAUUUAAAGUCUCCCUUUGCCCAGUCAACAGGUGGUAGGGUCCUCAGGCUCCCCUGUGUUGUAAGAGCUAAAAAAUGUCUGUUGCAAAUAAACACAUUCACAGUUCUGUCAAGUGGCUGGAAGGAACUGCGGCAUGUUAGCAGCUGCCUUUCUCUGGCAAGCCCUUCAACAAACUGUUGGGUUACAGGGUUUUUCCCCAAAGGGUAAUUCUGGCCUUUCUUGUCUUUUCUUGAUAAUCUUGGACAAUUACAGCUAUCAUGUUGCAGUCAAGUCACUAUAAGUUUGCUUUCCUCCUUUGUGGAAAACAGGAAAAGGCAAGAACAGGACAGUUUGUAUGCUCACUUUCAUUACCUAGUCAAGCUUUCUUAGAAAUAGAAAUGUGCUUUCCCGUUCUGUAGCUUGUUUUAAUCUGGACAGAAAGUUGCAAUGAAACCGAUCAGUAACACCACCAAAGAAAAAACAAAAGUCUGUUAUUUGUUUUCAUCUGUCACUUAUGUGUUUGUUUGGCUGGACUGCUGCUAAAUGUUAAGUAUGUGUUUAUUACUUAAAGAACAAAUGUCUGUUUUUUUAGUGGAGUCAGAGAAGCCGCAGUUUGGUUAGAUUCACUAUUGUUUAUGUUGGGGAGCACAGCGGAGGCUCUGUUUGGUCUAUACCAAAGCACUGUGUCUCACUCUCUUCCUUUUUCUCUCCAGUCUUCUUCAUUUCUCCCUCUCCGCCGUGUUACUUCACCCGCUCCCUGUCAUCCUCUCUAACAUCUUGUAAAACUCUCUCGGAAGGCUUUGCACCAACACGCCAGCUCUUGUAUUUAACAGCUCUUUAAACAACAAGAAAAAAAAGAGCCUUGUGUUGCUUAAGAGGGCUUAAAUAAAUGGCCUAUAACCAGAAGAAGUCAUAAAAGAUUUCCCAAAGUGAGGUGACCGGAGUAUUACUUGUUUCUGUUGGCUUUUGCCGGGCACCAGCAGAACUUUCGGGAAGAGACGAAACAGCAGGGCACGUGUGACCGGGCAGAGACACCGCAUUUAGAGUUUAGAGAGUGAAGUCAAGCAAAGACAAGGACAGAAGGUGUUGGACUACAUCUUUUGACUAUGAAGCCCAUAAUGUGACACCACUUCCCCUUUUUUCUUAUUGUCUAUUUUUCAACAUAAUUUGUGUCUCAGCAGCUAGAUCACUUUGCCUUUCAGUGCACAGAUUUUCUCUUUAAAGUGUCUCCAGCUACAGGAGUUGACAGGAAAACAAACAUUUGGCCCUAAAUUUUUCUCUUUUUUCAACUAUUGCACAUAAGUUAAGUCCUGCACCAUGCAGGGACUGUCACCUCAUGAGAAUAAGCCUAUGAAAUGUAAAUUUGGCAGCAUGUCAUGAUUUAAUUAUCAUAUCUCACAUAUUUCUUUUCCUUCUGUCUUGUGUCACAUCCUUAUCUCCCACCCUCCACUCCUGUACCCAACCCAUCCCACUCCAGCUUGUGAUUGCCACCCUGUCGGCGCCGCUGGCAAGACCUGCAACCAGACCACGGGCCAGUGCCCCUGCAAGGACGGCGUCACCGGCAUCACCUGCAACCGCUGCGCAAAGGGUUACCAGCAGAGUCGCUCACCUGUGGCCCCCUGCAUCAGUGAGUGACUCACAUGAACAUGCUAACAUGCCCGUCUCCUGAUAUUCUUUCAGUCUGUCAGCAGUAACUAGAAGGAGGUGACAAUGACUUGAUGCAUAAAACUACAUAACGUUUAAAGGACUGGAGAGUACCGUAUUGAAGAAAAGUUUAUUUAUUUCAUUUAUCGAGCAUAAAAACAAAAAUAAAAUAUGAAAAAAAAGGACUUAAAAAUGGAUAAUAGCUUUGAUCUGCAUAUACUGAGCAUAAUUGAGAGCAUACAUCACAGUUGCAUCACUUAUUCAGGGUUUUGACAAGUACACCAACCCCAGUCAUUAUACACAAUGCCUAUGCUCUCUAGGGCCCUUAGUUAUCAAUCUUGCGCAAAUCUGAGCGCAGGAUUCAUCCUACGAUAGGACACACGCGAGAUUUAUGAAAGGGUUCGUAUCUGACCUAUCCCAGCGUACAUAUGGUCGGGUCUGAAAUCGAUCGUCAUUAACAUGUUACGCCCCUAAAUAUUCGUGGUUCAGAAGCCUCGCCCACUGAGGUCACACAUGAAAGAGGAGAAAUAUUAGAAUGAUGCGAAAACUUUUCCAAGCUGAAAGUGGAUAUCCUCGCAUCUGUGGUGGAAACUAACAAGGAUUUUCUCUUUGGAAGCAUCAAAACUGGUAUGAAAGCAGACCAGAAAACUCCUGUCUGGAGCAGGAUUAUGGUGGCGGUGAACAGCGCUGCUGCGGAAUAGUGGACAGUGGCUGAAUAUGAAAUAAAUCAUUAGUCAAUAAGUUGCUCAUGAUGAUAAAUUAAUAUCUCAUACAUGCCUCAUAUUUUUUUAUCGCCAUGACAUAGGGUACGUUCCUCCUAUUAUUGAAAGUAUUUAGUUUUAAUUUGUUGCGUCUUUGUAAUGUAGAGCAGACUGGAGAGUCUGACAGAGGCUGAACAAAAAGAAUUAUUAACCUCACCAAACAGUGUGUUGCUGCCCCUGAGGCACAUUUUUAUUGAUUUCAAUUGGAUUUUUAUCACAGAUUAAACAGCAAGAGCACUUUCUAAACUUAUAAUUCACAUCAGAAUCCAUGGAUAAGGUCCUGUUUCCUCUGUACAGCACCUUUGUGGAGUCUCUCCUUGUUAUUGUUCUCCAGGCAUCGGGUCCUCACAUUGCACUGGCACAGCCAACGGCACUCCAUUCACCAGUGCAACAUUGUGCAAAACUGUACUGGCCCAAAUGAUGUCCCACAACCUCUCAGAGUGUACAACAACGUCCCCGCUGCUGGUCCAAGACAGAGACACCCACCUUUUAGGAGUCAAACACAGCGCUCCACAGUGGCACGUGUGCGUGUGUGCACAAUGUUAAAACGGCGCUCCUGGCAGUGUUUCUGGGCAGGAUUAUCAAAUAGGCCUAUUCACUAUGGACAUAACAAAUGUAUUUUAUUUUAUUUACGUCUUAAUCUUUAAUGAAAUGUGGCUGAUUGUGCUUAAUGACAGGUUUGAGGUUUGUUUAUCGAUUAUUUUGAGACAGAAAUAUGCUGCACCGCAGAUCCACACUGACUCAAACUUGCGUACACGAUGUCAGACCUGUUGUGAGAUUUGGUCGUAGCGUACGCUCACAUACAGAUUGAUAAAUGCCGAUCCUCACAUCAAAAUUGUCGUACGCAAGCUGGAUAAAUGAGGGCCUAGGUGUGCAUAUCUACAUCUUCUGCAUUGAGUUGACCCUUGUUGGUCCAUCUACACAGAGGUUCACACAUGUAGCCUGAUGUGCACCUCCCCCAAAAUAUGACUCUCCUACAAAUCAACUCAUGGAGAUCAGAAGAUCUGUGAUUGGCCCGCUGUGAAGUGAAUUUUUCUGGUACCACCAUGGUCAACCACCCUCUGUCAAAGCGGCCGCACAUUCAAUCUCCUGAUGUCUCCUUUCUUUUCUGCUUCGCCAAAUUUAAGUGUGAUUAAUUGCUGCUCAAUGAUUAUCUGCUUCAGCUUCAACACAGACUCAUGGUUUCUAAGACACAAACCACAACAGGACUAGAAACUGGGAUCACACCGCUGACUAGCAAGUAUACAGGGUAUUGCACAUGGCCGUUUAAACGCAUACAUAUGUGCUGCUCACGACAUCACCGGCCACUACAGCGCAGCCACGGCACAGAGUCAACACAGAGGCAUAAGCCAGGCUUAAGCUCUGUUGUGAUCGCUGUUAAACUGCAAGUCAUACUUGAGCUCAAAGCAAGUGUACUUAAAUAUUGUUGCCCAACCUUUCACUGGUUUAGAACGUGUUUUGUUGUUGCUAAUUUCCUUUGACAAGCCUCCAUUUGUGUGUGUGGAUUAUGACACUUGCCAGGGUGCCAGGCGAUGCAGGCAAAAACCGCGCACACACUCACAAGACUACCUCCACCAAAGCAAACCGUGCCGCCCAGUGCCACACCGAGCUGUGCCACACUGUGCCACAUUCUGCCAUGUUGCUUCUCUCACAUGCAGCCCCCGGAGCAGAUGGUGGACGGGCAAGAAGGAGAAAACAACUGUGGUCACUGGUCAUGGAUAGCAAAGCCCCACUCAUUUGUGGCACUACACCAUCCUGUGACAACAUGUUGUGAAUACGCAUUCAAGUGCACGUGCGCAUUUGGGUCCUUCGCGAAUGGUGUUAAUGAAAACUGUGUGCGCCAAUAUGGUCUCUUUUUCAGGCUCUUGGACCCCACAGCAAAAGACAAGCCAGUUAAGCAGCCAAUUAGUAUGACAGCAGCAACCCUCAUCUGAAUGAUCCUUUCAUCAUCUGUCUGUCUUCAUAAGAUGUGGCCAUGAGGGCACGCAGACUUCAAGUGGCUCUGAGCAGCUGUGCCUGCCUUCAAACAGUCCCAUGCCCCUGUUUGUUUUGGUUGGCAGGGUGUCCAUAAUUCAGAAAGACAACUGCUGCUUUUGCCUAAAAAAAAAGCUUUCUACCAAACCCCCCCUUUAACACUCCACCAACACACUCCCACUCAUUCGGUUCAAACCCCCAACCUCCAAAUCCAAUCAAAAGCAGAUCCUCUGGGUGGAUGCUAAGCCGCCAUUCCAGUAACUCUCUUUGCGGUAAACGCUGAGUGCUCGUUGUUAGCAUUAGCAUUUGUAUUGGAAAGUUGCAUACGAUUACAAGAGAUGUCCUGGAGGAAUUCCACGAGGUACUUUUUAGAGUAGCCAGCAGGCAGAAAGAGGGAGGACUGCAUCUGUCUCAAGAUGAUCCAACCAAAAUUGCCCCUUUGCCAUCUGUCCAUCUGUUAAUGCAUGCCUGUAUGGAGAUUACACCGCAGUGUUAACUCAGCAUCUGUCAGGGGAGGGCAAGACUAAUCUUAACAUUUGAAUCAGUGUCCCUAAAAGAGUCCACCUCUGUCUUAAAUGUAUCAAGUGUACCCACUUUAAAAGAAUCCACCAAACCGCAGUGGAUUACUUUUAAAACUGCAGUAAAUCUACUGAGUUUGACUAAAAACUGAAAUGUGGGCCUGUGAUCUUAGAGGGUCUGUUCUUACAGUCUCUCUAUGUGUUUCUUAGAAAUGACGGUGAAACCACCACAUUAGUCCCAGGAAUGCAUGGUUUAUAAGAGCCUGUCUUCCCUCUAACCACCAAUAAGCCUGGCUGUCAGUCUGUCAGUGUUUAUCUAGCAUAUCUGCCUGCCAUGUCCCAUGUGUUUUAAUGUAACAUAACUGACAUAUGUCACAAUCCAAACCUACUGUGUGACAAGUCUGGUGUUUCCUCUUGCUAGUGUUGGUGAGCAAAGACACUUUUCUUCCUAACACUUUGCUUGAACUGUUUUUGUGGCAGUAUUGUUGUAUUUGAAAAGCCUAACCAAAUCCACUCGCUUAAUGAAAUCUGACAUACCUCAUCUCUCUGACCACACAUGCACUCUUGCAGACUGCAGCUGAUUGGUUACAUCAUAUUUAAAGGGUAUGGCUUCAAGUUUAACACAUCCAAUCAGUUAAAAAAUAAGUAUUUUUUGUGUUUUUCAGAAAUCCCCGUGGUCAACCCUACAGCUGUCGUGAGCAGCACUGAGGAACCAGCAGGUUGGUAAACGCAUUCUGCACCUCACUUAUGGGCAAUGCUGCUUUACGAGAGGAAUAAAAAGACAUUUUUCAUAUUUCUAGACCUGACAUUUUCGGUGUGGAAUAAAUGUUAAUAAAAGGUGGGGUCCCUCCCUCCCAUUUGAAGUUCUCUACAAAGAACAAGCGUGUAUAGGCCUGCAGUAUUUUCCAUUGUCUUAAAAACCUGUGUCCUUGGCACAGUUUCCCCAGCCGCUAACCUGAAGUUAGCGGAGCCGUCGCUAUGCUCAUAUAGCCGCAGCUGAAAACUCGGGCCAGCAAACAGACAGCUGAGGUGAUUAGUUAAAGUUUAGCUGGGAGAUAGAGCUGAGGGUAGAGUUUUGAGGCGUGAAAAGAGUGCUGGCAAAUUACAGGGGGGAAAUUUGUUCAGUCUCUCCCUUUAACGGUCCAAUUUAAGCUCCAGUCAAUUACCCUGCCCUUAUUUUUCAUUCUGCGGCUUUUGAUUUAAAUAGUGGUGUUGAUUUGGAAAUAAUGAUUCAUUGGUAAGUUUAUGACAUAUAUCACCACUUAGGCUGCAGACUGUAACCCCCCACUUAGCCAAUGACACUUUGCUGGGCCAUUCAAAGCAUAUAGUUUUACUGUUUUUAUAUAAUUUCUCUCCUACGAAUGAUAAAUUUGUCAGACAGCUCAGUGCAAAUUACACCUUUGACUUAUGGACUUCUUCUAUUUCAAAGGUUAAACAGAGUUUCAGGAAAUGAGGUAUUGGUUUGAGAAUGUCGAUUGACCCAGCAGGCUCUUUGCACAGGGUUUUAUUGAAGCUGAAGGUCAAUUUGGUCACAAACAUACAUACAGAGGUCCAGCAUAAGGAGAAACUAAGUGCUUCUUGUUCUUGUGUUUAAUGAAUAAAGAAAGAAAAAGGACUAGUUUGACCUUUUAAAUGACUGUAUGUCAGACUUUCACUCGUAGUUAAGUAUAAAUUUCAGGUUGUAUUAUUAAAAAAUAAAGGAUCUGAGCUCUUUGACCACUUGUGCUUUAUCCCAGAUUGCAGGUCCCACUCAUCAGUUAGCCUCUACCAGCCUGCAUCUUUAUGGUGUUUAGAAUUAAGAUGUAGCCAUGUAGCCUGGCAAAAACCUCUUUGAUAAAGCCUCUCUGUCGUCACACUCAUGCUGUCCUUUGGCUUUUCAGACACACACUUUCCUCCUCAAACUUCUCUCUCUGCUCUCCUCUCUCCACCUGCAGCUGCAUGACACUUUGCCCUGCUAAGUGUCACAAAAUCUAUGACUGACAAACUUUGUUUCGCACUGAUCUUAGCUUGUGGAGAUGAAGUGAAAGUGAAAGCUGUUGGAGGGGAGGGGAGCACAUGCUCUGCUUUUUAGAAAAUACAGAGGAAACACUUCAUUUACCAAAAAGGACAAAACAUGCUUCUGAUAUUUAUUCAACUAUGGGCAUGAGAAAAUAUUAACUUUUUUUUUUUACGCUACAGUAUCUCUGUCAGGCUUUGAUCAUUUUCAUUCCAUUUAUUGUAAUAAACUUCAUUUGUAAAACACUUUUUUUAAAGUUAAAGUGCUUCAAAAACGACUUGAAAUACAUUAAAAGAUAAAGCCAAAUAAUCCAUAAUGAAUAGACAUCAAGAGGAACAGAAACCAGAGUAAAAAUGAACAGAUUUAAAAGUUUUUCUGCAGAAGAGAAUAAUUUUUAAAAACAUGCUGUCAUAUUUUCAUCUGCAGCUUCUCCAUUUCCUCUCAUUACUUGGGCCUCUUAGGCUUUAAAAAAGAAAACAAAAAUGCACAUGCCAGCCUUGUCUUGUUUUUCCUACCUCCAUGGGAAAAUGUUACAGGGUCCUAGAACAACAGAGUCAUUGAUCGCCAAUUCACCCCAGGCUCAAGAGCAUUUCCUCCAUCUUUCUGCUUCCCAAACUACCAAAGAACAGGCAUCGCCAGAGCCCCGAAAUGUUUUUUGUGUAAGGGGCGGUGGAUGCAAUUUGUCCUUGUCAUGGCACAGUGAGAGGGGCUCAAGGGAAGAGGGCAUCGAGAGCCCCAGAGCCAAUUGUGAGUGUUUUCAGUGGGCUGGUCUUCAGGGUCAGUGGGCGAAUUAACAAGAGCUUUUUCAGGUGAACAGCUAGCAGUAAGUGGCUCUUCAUGGGAAACAUAUACACUGUCUCCUCGCCAGAAUUUCCCCACUGAUACCUUCAGGCCAGCCACUGUACACCACACACAGGCACACAGUGGCAGUAAUGAAAUCCAUGCACAUCUCAUGCAAAUGCAUGCCUGUCACAGUUGCAUGCUCAGUUUCUUAAUAACGAUCUGCACAUGCUCACGUAUAAUUCAAGACUCCAAGCAAGUUGUGAGAUCUAACAUCAUCUACUGACAGUUUUUCAGCAAUGUGCAAUACACACACACACAUACACACAAAUCAAUCCACACGCACACCCCAGCAUCUGUCAACAUCUACACCUCCACUCAUAGUUUUCCUUUUAAAGUCACCCAGAUUAUUGGAAGCUGCCAUCUGCUCUCUCUCUCUCUCCCCCCUUCUUUCCUCUUCUCUCCACUCUCUGGCUAAUAAAAUCUCCAGCGCUCUGAUAUACAGCCAAGCCUCCUGGACAUUUUUAUGGGCUUCUUAGUCCCCUGUUUCUCUCUCUUCUUGCCCUCUGUCCGUUUCUCCAUCCUUCCCUUUCCUCAAAAAAUGAAUAUUUCAGCACCCCGACUCUCAAGCUGAAUUUCUCUCGCAUAUUUUUUUCUGUCUGAUUAAUUUCUUUUUUUAUGUCCAGCUCUUUUAUUUAUUUUUCUCUGGGAAGGAACAUGACCGAAUGGUUUUUCCUCUGAGAGCCAUGAGGGACCUUACCACAGAUACCAGUGCAGUGAGCGGCAUGUGGUUUUUCAGUUUCAUGCCCUGACAUUCCAAGAGUGCCCCGUUUUUCAUGUCCCCUCACGAAAAACAAACCAAAUGCACAUCCGAAAUGACUUUAUGGCAGACCAGAGAUUUAAAUUACUUUUCCUUUUUACCUUAAUUUUAUGUCCCCCUCAUGUUUUGCAAUUGAAAUAAGUGGAUCCAAAACUCCAUGCUUCAUAAAACUUAGCGUAGAGUUUUGCUAAUGAUCAACAGUGUCUUUUUUUCUUGUCAAAGCUCUGGCAGCAUUUUGAACCUCAAAUUUAGCUUUAUUGAUACCAAACUAUAGCUAAUAUAGUCACUGUGAAGUCACCUUUACUGUGAAGUCAGCCCAACAGCGGCGCUCACCAUAUUAGAUAUACUGACCCUAAGUAAGUCUGGUAAGCAACAAAGAACUAGAGCUAAGAGGGGUCUACAACAUCCUGGCUGAUCGCUACAGUUUGCCCCCUUGUAAGUCAGAUCAACCAUGUACAUAAUUAUGUAUAAUAAGUUCAGUAUCUUUGAAUGAGUUAUAUAAAAAUUAAAAAAUUAAAGGAAACCAUUUCCGUACCAUUAUACACAUUUUUAUUUUAGCUGUAAAAUUGGACGCUUUAGAAUGGGUGUUAAUGGGAUCUCCUUGUCUUUUGGAACAAGCCUCAAGUGGCCACUUCAGGAACUGCAGUUUUUGGGACUUCCACACUGUCUUCAUUUUUAACAUCAGCAGUUACAGACUGUACCUGAGGAGAUGACUUUUACUGAAAAGGUUUUGAAAAUUUCCUGAAUUCUUUGUUCCCCAUUCCUUCAACUCUCAGCUGAUCAAGCAGCAUUACUGUUUCAUGAUCACAGAGAGCAAAGCUUUAAUGUUUAAACAAGGAAAAUGAUUAUAUUAGCAGAGCAAGUAACUAAUCCUGAGAAGAAUUACCUGCAUGUUCUUUAAUAGAUGUAAUACGCAACUUUCUGGUCCUUACGUGAAGUACUGUAUCCAGUCAACUUUAGAAGUGAUCCUCCAGUCACUGUUAAAAUAGAUUUUUAAGGCUCAGUAAUGAUAAAAACUUGACGUUGUAGCUGAAGGAGUAGUCUUAGAUUACUUUUGUUUUUAAUUUUGCCAGGUCCCUAUUUUUUCUCUUUUUCUGUAUUUCCAAAGAAAGGUUGAUCUGAGAAAACUUGUACAUAAAUGACAACUACAACUACCAAAGGCUGAUUUUCAGUUCAGCUUAGAAGAGCUCUGAGAUGGGUCACCGAGCCAAGAAGUCAAUUUCGACUGUCACAGUCCUAAUUGUAACACCUCAUCACUGGUGGCUCCACCUACAUGUGGUCAUUAGAGGUCAUCCAUCCAAUGUGUGGUCCCAGUUUUCAUGCUGGCAGCCAAGGUCUAUUCACAUAUAUCCAACCAUGACCUGCUUCCAGCAUGCUCUGCCUUUCCUCAAGAUCCCAGAAAACAUGUCAAACGGAACACUUUUACUACUCUGGUCUAUUUCAGUUGUCUCCUAGCACCAGCUGUUGCUGGACUUUGUUGUGUAAUUUGUCAAAGGUUGUAUUUGAGCACAUAAAAUCAAACAAGGUUAGCAUUUUAAAAACUUAUCAGGUUUUCCAUGUACACCUUAGUUUUAUUGGAGGAUAUAAACAGGGGUGAAGGCAUUUGAAAAAAAGCAUGACUGCAUUAAGAUUACCCCGCACCCCUGUAAAGAAAACACCUGUAUCAAAGAUCAGAUAUACAGUUUGUGAAUGUUUUUGGUGGUUUUCAGACUGAUUUUUCAAGUACUUAUCUCGGCAAUACCACAGAACAGAUUAAUGUAAUCAUAUAAAUAAGCUUUAAAAUGCAACUUCAGUAACGCUCUAGAUUUCAAACAUUUAAGUGUCACAUCUUGAGUGUGAAGUGAUUGUUGUUUUCUUGAUUUUUUUUUUUUGUACAGAUUGUGAAUCCUAUUGUAAACCAGUGAAGGGCAAUCUGAAGAUCAACAUGAAGAAAUAUUGCAAGAAGGAUUACGGUAAGAGAAGAAUGAACAAUCGUAUAUGAUGUGUGAACAGAAGAAAGCCUCUGUCGAGAUUAAUGAUCAAAAUAUAUUUUUUUUCUCCAGCGGUCCAAGUGAACGUGCUCGACAUGGACACGGUAGGAGACUGGGCCAAGUUCUCAGUGAACCUGGUGUCCGUGUACAAGAGCCGGGGAGAGCCCCUAAAGAGAGGCGACAACAUCUUGUGGGUGCACAUGAAAGACCUCGCCUGUAAAUGCCCCAAAAUCCAGAUGAGCAAACGAUUCUUGGUGAUGGGAGGGAGCGACGGAGGAACGGGACCGGGCGCAGGUCCAGGGGUCGGACCUGGCGGUGGUGCGACCAGCCCAGGAGCAGAGCGUGUGGGCCUUGUAGCUGAUAAAAACAGCCUGGUGAUCCAGUGGAGGGACGUUUGGACGAGACGCUUGAGGAAGUUCCAACGCAAAGAGAAGAAGGGGAAGUGCAGCAAAGCGUGAUGGGAAAGCAUUGUUUAACCCUACCUCUCCUUACAUCUUGAACCCUCCCCCUCCAGCCUCCCUAUCCCCCUGAACCCUGUUUUCCCCAUCAUGGAAAUUCUGCACAUUGGAAAGACUGCAUGUACCCUACCUGAUUUAAGGACCACUUUUUGUGUAUAUUGUAUAAUUAUUUUACUUUUAUUUUUCAAGUAUUGUCUUUAUGUUUUUUGUUUUUUUUCUGUUUUUGUCAAAUUGGUUUGCCUUAAAAAGGGACCAUUAAAAAGGGUAUGAAGUGUAAAAGCAAACGCCAUUCCCUCCCUUGGCGACGACAGCGGAAAUGUCCACUCGUCCACCAUCUCCUGCUCCUCCCUGAACUUUGGCUUCCUCCUUGAAAGACUGACUGUCCUGCCACUUUGUUUGACACAUAACUAUAUCAGUGCUCACACAUCACAUGCCUCUGUGAGGAUUUUAUUCAACAGUGUCACCGCAGAGAGACUGACUGAUUUCAACAAGCUGCACAUCCCCAGCUUGGCCUCAUCAUGUUUCACGCCUGAAACAAACACAGCUUGAGUCAGUUACACCGGACAACCUUUCAAUAUAAUCUGAUCAAAUGUUCAUAACGUGGGCCUAGCUGCUCCAGGUCUCUGCAGUAACUUCUACAGACUGUUAAAAUAUAACUCUUGUCCCGCGAGGAACCAAGGGCUCCCUUUGCAGGGACAUUUUCCACAGCAAACCUCGGUCUCACCACCACAGCUGCUGCCACCAGGCAACCCUCACAGAGUGAACUGCUCAUGUAGGCGGAUAUAUCUGCUAUGAAAUGAUCCCACUCUUCAUAUAACAGUUUAUAUUUUUCAUGCGACCAUGUUUUAUCUCAUCCAUCCAUAUCCCAGCCAUAUCCUUUUUUCAGAUAUAUCACAUUGUUUCAUUUCGAGCAGGGCAAACCCUGUUAGCACGUAUGAGUCACAUUCCAGCCCUUCCUCUGGGAUUGUGCCUCCUCACCACCAGUCCCUCUCACCAGUGGUUUAUAAAGUCAUGCAUCACCCUCAUGACUCAUUGCUCGUCAUUUUUUGUGGAAGACAGAUUAAGCGUUGUGGACAAAUGGCUGGAAUUUUAGAACAAUACCAAUAUUUCCAAGGAGAUGUUUUGCUUCAUGGAUAAUGUCCUUUGUUGGGUAAUGGCUUUUCAGAUGUUGCUGUGUGGCCAUUGUCAUGUCUUUGUAUUUAAAUGUCUGAACAUUUUCCUGAUGUGUCCAGUGACUGGCAGGCUUUUGUUUGCCAAAAUAAGAGAUUGAAACGAGAGUUCCUUUUCAUGCAGUAAAAAAGAAAAACCGAGGCAGAUAAACAACAUAGUUCUGUUUUUCUCGAGCAUAUUUUGACAAAAUGAAUGAGGCUGGAAAGUUUUUAGUGCUCACUGAUUGUAUUAUGACAUGAGAGGAUCAUAUUACAUUCCUCAUGUGCUUUGUUAUGUUUGCAUGUUUGUGGUUUUUUUGCUGGUCCAUCAAAAUGUUACAGUGAGCAGACUAAGACCUUAAACCAAUAUGAGCAUCAAGAUCCAAAGGAAAACUCCCCAAGUCAUCUUCUCCCCACUUGCCUUCCCUUACACAGACCCUGUCAUCCAUUGCCAAAUAAGCAUAGUCAGUUUUUAAAUUUAAUUAAGAGACUAUGAAAGUCAGGACCAACUGAAACCACAGAGAGACCCAUCUGGUUGCUUUCAAGCUUUUUAUCUGCCUUUUGCUGUUAUUUCAUUUUGUAAAGCACAUUACAAUUUAUUUAAAUAGAGUACAAGAUAAACACACAGUUUUGAGGGGCGCAUCAAGCCUGCAUAGCAGUGAGUGUGCCGACAGGCAUGUCAUGCUAGCUUGUGGUUACGCUCCUUUGGCUGCAGUGGUUUGUUUGGUUUUUUAUCCAUCCAAAUAUGUCUCUCCUCUGCUCUCUUCUCCAUGUCAGCCACCACCCUCCCUAAACCCCCCUCUUUAACCCUUUUUGCAUGUCGUGUAUUCAAUGUUUUUUAGAUAAGCGGGCAGCACAGAACGAGGCUGCCACUGCUCUUCAGUGGUGUACUGUACUGCACUGUACUUCUUUAUUUCACAUCCUCUGAGAAUGUAUGUCAAACUGUGAAAAACACACACAUGCAGGUGUAUGAUCUGAUUGUAAGUGUUUAUAAAAUAAUGUCACCAAGCUUAAGAAUGUGGACGCCAUGACAUUUGAUGCUAUUAUAAACUAUGAACAGGGUUAGAUGUCGUUGAAAGACUGUUGAUAUUCAUUCUUUUCUGUCUCAUAUUGACACAUUUAUGAUCUAAUCCAAAAACAAACAUGUAACCAAAACACGGUAUUAUCCACUACGAUAUCUGGUAUGUGAGAAAACAGCAAGGUUGAACCUGUUUUAUAGGGCCAAAUUCCCGACACUGGAAUUUCACAAAAAUGCAGAACCAAAUAGUCAAUCAUUUCUGCGAUGGCUGUUUAAUACGGCCUGUCAGACAGGUGGUGUUACAGUAGCACCAGUGUCCUCUUCAUGGUAUGCAAGUGUGGUGCGCCACAUAUGAUUGAUGGUCAAAUUACGUGCCCCUAAGGCCUCUUUGGCGCUUAACUUCUUAAACGCCAAACACUUUAGUGGGUAACUGCAGUGCCCUUGAAUCUGAACUUGACACGAAUCGCACAAAAUUCUGCUUUUCUUUCCAUCGACUCUGUUUGACUUUUCUUAGGUGCCCACUCUGAAUGUUGGAAUAAAGAUAAGAAGUGAGCCAGAUGUUGUUUUUGGAGGUGGGAAGUGUAGUCUUGUGAAAGCUAUUUAGCGAACCUCAUAGGGAGAGCCGUCCUGUUGUUUUACAUUAACAAGGCAAGCAGCUUGGCAGUGGAACUGAGGCCCUAACUGCUUCGCUUUGUUUCCUCCCUCCUUCUGCAGCAUUUAUAGCAUUCACAGGUGUGUGUGUGUGUGUGUGUGUGUGUGUGUGUGUGUGUGUGUGUGUGUGUGUGUGUGUGUGUGUGUCUAAUUAACCCUUCUCAACUUAACAAGUGAUAUAUGCAUGAACUGAAUGUGCAUAGAGGUGAGAGAGCUCUCAUAUGAAGGCAGCCUGUUUUCGUACUCCUCUGAGGACGAUGAAGAACUAUCAUUUUCAUUUUUCUGUUUCACGUCCACCGUGCAUUCUUGUUUGUUACAUCCCAACACGUUUUUUUUAAAUGUUGUAAAUAUGUACUGAACUGCCUCUGCCAAUCAUGUUGUCUUUCGUAAUGUAUCACUUGGCCCGGGAUGACUCGCGUGUAUGGAUGUACAAACCAGAUGAUGUUAUAUGGAUGUAGAAACCAGAAACAUAUGCUUUUGUGAUCACCACCAGAAGACGUGGUUUAAAUAUUACACAGAAUGUAUUUCUUUUUGGAUUUAUGUUGUUUCCUGACGACUACCGCCCAAUUGCUAAUGACUUUGAAGAGAAUCAAGACAGAAAAAUGUGACAUGGGCUUACCUGAUUCUCUGAUUUUCCCUCUGAGGGAACUGACACAACCAACAUCCACUUUCUGCUGAAACACCCCGGUAACAAUCAUUCACUCACACAGAAACAGUCCACCUACUCUUCUUUGGGAACAAAGGGGAAUCUUCCCUCGGUUCACUCCAGCCCUUCACUUCUGUUCAUCAAAGUCUUCCUUGUACAUUUUCCUCUGAGGCAAUGAACCACUGACUUUUUAAUCUAAAUGAUAAAAAAUAAAUUAUUAGUUAAUGAGCUGUUGUGUUGAUCAUCUGUCUCUUUAAUUGCACUCGUGAGCCUGAACAGCAAAAUAAUAUCAGAUUGAUGUAUGCGUGAUCUCUACUGGAAAGUAUGCACACGUACAGUGGGUACUGCUCUGGUGAAUUUCCACUCACACUGGCUGGACGGGGGUUUUUGAGAGGGGAAGGGACCAGGGUAGAGCAGCUCCCCUCCUUUAUGAACAGAGCAAGGGCUCGAGCUCUGCAAAUAAACAGUGAGGCACACGCACACGCAUUUGAAUGUGUACCUCACCUCUGUGGAAACCCAACUCCCGAGUCAGGUCCAAAGCAGGAAACUCCUUAUUCCUUCUCUUUUUCCCUCCCCCCCUUGUACCCCCUCUCACCUACAGUCUCCUCUCUCCUCAUCUCCCCUCCCUCUAACCAAACAGCCAGCUCCAUCCAUCCUCCUGAAGGUAAAUUACAGGAAAGUGACCAUUUAUCAUCACUCUCCCCAGGCAUGGCCAUCAAGGCUUUGAGAACAGAAGUUGCUGAGAUUGUCUGCGCACACAUGUGUACACACACAUUCACACACACUGCAUGACGUACUAUAUAUCUGCAUGAAGCACAUCCAUUCCUGGCCUCCCAUCAGUUUACUAUUCCUGUCCAGUCUCCAUUAAAGCAAAACAGCAUGAAUGGCUAACAACCAAAUGGACAGUACGAAUCCAGAUUUAUUGUCCACUGAGAGACUCUAUGAUGAGAGCAGACCCUGAGCUGAGUCUGAGAGGGAAACUGAGACACACGCCAGAGGGGGAUUUGUUACUCCUCAAGAUUGGCUGAAGUCUGCGAUUUGAAAUUUCCUGUCUUUGCCUCUCUUUCAUACUGUCAUCUGUGUAGUGACAGGACUGACAUAUUGGAUGAAAUCAAUUGGCAAAUGAUUUACAUUUCCCUACAGGAUGUUCUCAAGCACUUUAAAACUCUUACCUCCUUUUUCUUAAUCCCCUCCAUGUGACAACCACAGGCAGAGCGUACUUCAACAAAGGCCCUGAUCAAAACAACAGAUUUGACAAAAUUAUCACUAGGGGAUGUCUACAUUUUUCAACUAAACACCAAAAGUUAUCAUCCUCCCUUAACAGCAGCAUAUUUAUUAUUAAUGAAUAAUAAUUCUAAGCUGUAGUGCAGCCAAUUGCCAAUCACCAGGGGCUGCAGCUCAAGCACUGCUAAAAUGCUCCACUACCUGGAUGAUAACAAUAUCCCAGAUGUACGAAGAGGAUUAGGGCCACAAGAAGAGAAAAAAAAUAAUUACAGGGGGGAGAUUUUUUCAAUUUCCAUUUUGAGAUAAAAGUCGAAAUUUUAAAAAGUCGAAAUGAAAUGCCACAUGGCUUAGGUUUGCCAUAGCCAUCCAUGUGCCAAAGCGCAUUGGGUCCUGCCUGCACCUCAGAUGCCGGGCUUGUCUGUGCUCCACACAUUCAGGAUCAAUCAACUUGAUUAGUUGCCUUAUUGUAUCUUGCGGAACAACAUAGUCUCGCUGUAUAGCAUGCAGGUGUAACCAUCAAUAACCCUGCAUCUGCGUCAUCUCGGCACAGUCUUUUCGGAGUCCAUAUACUUAUGACCACAAUGUGUCUGUGUGCUUAAAGAGCAAGGAUUUCCUUGUUACUAAAUCCAAUUCUGAAGUACAGCUUUACAAACUGUUGUACAGUAAACAUGUUGUCGAGUAACGAGUGACAGUGCUGUUGAUUCAUUAUCAUUAAUAACAUUAUGACUUUAUUCAUGAAAUUUCAUCUUUAUUUGCUUCAACUUUAAUCUCAAAAUUUCUAUUUAAUUCAAAAAAUUUCAACUUUAUCCAUGUCAACUUUAAUCUUUUUUUAAUCUUGAAAUUUCAACUUUAUUGACACAAUUUCAAAUGUUUAAUCUUGAAAUUUCAACUUUAAUCUCCUUCCUUUUAUUAUUAAUUAUUUUUUUUCUCUUCAUGUGGCCCUAAUCCCCUUUCAUACAGAUAGCCUCUCACAGCAUGGCCUGGUUUGACAGUAUUUUAAUGCAGAAAAUGGACAAAAAGUUGUACACAGGCUGUGUCUGAUUAAACUGGCAUGUAACCACCCACCCAGGGCGGUGUUUAACCAGCACAGCCAUGUGGAUAGAAGGAUGAUUUUGCCAACACUGCUAACCUUCGCCACACUCAGCAAACCAAUAUGAUGCAUACCCACAGACUCUGUGAUCCUGCAUGUAACCAUGUUAAAUGAAUUGUGCUCAAUUUUGACUUUCUUUUUUAAGUGUUUUUGAACUUUUUGGACUCGUCGGUUGGGUGGAUUUAAACUUUCUGUUGAAACGACAAGGAAAUGAGUCGUUUCGGACGAUUAGUAGCAGGCUGCCAAAAACAUCUUUCUACUUCUUACAGCAAAACUUCAUGGUGGGUAUUAUGUUUAACUCUUAGAUGACAGCAGAGUAAGAUUUUCCAUUAAAAAAAAUACAGUCUUUGCACAUACAGGACAAGAUCAGCAAACAGAUCUAAGGUUCUGCCAUAACUGAUGACUGAGAAGACCUUUAGCAUGCUGAAGGUGGGUGGACUGAAACCAAUAUUACUUUCUCAGUGUUUUAAUUUGUAAAUGAAAUGCAAUGUAAUAUAUUAAUUUAAGCCAUUAAAGUGUAGAAGUUGCAACCUGUUAACCACAGUUAAUACUUGCCUAAAUGUGUCAUGAAUCUUGUGACACACGCUGAUUUUUAUGAUCCAAACAUGGAUGCAAAACAGAAAACAGGUCUGCCAGCGAAAAGUCUCUCACCAUAUUUCACUGUGAUGGGUGUUUAAUGUCUGCAACCUGUUUUAAUAAAAGGAUGGCAGUCUCUUUUUGUUCAUUGUAAUGCAGUUGUGUAAGCUAUUAGUUUAAAAUUACUGAAAUAAUAGACUAUUGGCAACUUUCUCAAACUGUGAAAAAUGACAAACCUCUAGGUGGAAACAACUUGAGCUUUUGUAAAGAAAACAGAGCUUUGGAGAGUGACUGGUCUGGGAGAAAUCCACUGCUGUAGUGCUGGAACAGAGCAAAGCAGAUUCAGCCAAAUACUGUCCAGUCUUCCCCCCCUUUAUCCUUCUGACACUCAGACACACACACAUCCACUCAAACGCACACCAACCAGCGGCAGACGAGGGGGGCUUACCAAUCGUGCUUUCAUAAGCUGCCAAAGCAGCUUCAUUGGCUUUAAAUGGAGCCUCAUUACCACUGUGCUUCAAAGCUCAACAACGGCGCUUUCCAGCAUGGGGUCUCAGUGAGUGUGUAUGAGUGUGUGCCUGUGUGUGUGUCUGUGCGUGUGUAGGUCUGUUUCCCAAAUUUUCUCAUUGCCAUAAUGUACUUCUUUUUUCUCACAUUCACAACUUUACAUUCUAAUGCUCUCCACGACUUUAUUUGCCGUUUUAUUCCUUUUCUACACCACUACACUCCCUCUUAGAGCCAGUGGAUGCAUGUGUGAAUAUCUAAAUGUAUCUGUGAACACUCAUGAAAGUCUGCGAGUGUGUGUGGGUCACCAAGUGCUAACCCCCCCUGAAAACCGCAAAAAAUGUGGCGAGAAAUCUGUGUGGACCAGGAUCAUAAAUAUUCAGAGGUGAAGGUCUGAUCUCUCUCUGCUGCAUGUCUUUUCUUUGAGUGAAACCAGCUGUCGUCUGAAGAGACACCACUCCCUCUGGAACUGACAACAUGCGUGACAAUGACCACACCUCUGCGCACACAUCUGUCAUCCUUCAAUCUCUCCAUCGUCCCACUUUACCACUCAACUAAUAAAGCAAAUUUCAUCCUUCAAACAGAGAUACUUUUUCUGUCACAGUCUUAACCCAUCAACAGUACCUGCAGACAAUUUUCUAGACAGAAACACACGGUGUCAAGAAUUGCAGGGGACUGCUGUUGCACAAAACUGGGAUUCAGUGUUCCUUUGUUGGUCUUUUUUAUUGGAGAGAGAAACUUUAUUGGGCCAGUGAGUGAUUGAAAAUGAGCAAGGAAUAGGGGGUAAUUUAAAACCAGUGUGGUCCCUGAUAGGAGCAUUGUGCAGCACAAGCCUGCUCCUAAUCCGCCCCUCAGCUUUGUGUUUGAUUGGGUACUGUUGAAAAUAGGGAUGAGUCUGUCUCUUCAAAGCCUGUAACAUAAGAGGAAUGUGUGUGUGUGUGUGUGUGUGUGUGUGUGUGUGUGUGUGUGUGUGUGUGUGUGUGUGUGUGUGUGUGUGUGUGUGUGUGUGUGUGUGUGUGUGUGUGUGUGUGUGUGCUGCUCACUUAUUAAGGUGAUCACAAAAAGCGGCUUGUGUGCAGAUGGACAAAUAAAAAUUACACUGAUAAAUUCAGCAUAAGCCCUGUGUGAGAUGUCUAACCUAAUACAGCACAUUUUUAUAGCUCCACUUCAUAAAUUACAAUCCUGGCCCUGGGACGGAAUAAAAAUGGACUUUCAAUACUUCGUAGUGUUGUUUUUGGACUGCUUCAGCUGAUUGCAGCAGGUCAUUUCAGAAAUUAAGCAUUUAAAAGUUAUAUACUGACCUCUGAGAAUCCUAAAUCAUGGGAUAUAAUAAUAGUAUUGCAGGCACCAUGUAUCAGUGCUUUAACUUAUGGAUUUUCCUUACAGUUUGUUUCACUGCAUCUCUAUUUCAUCACCCCUCAUGGUGAAGCGAAUUAAAUCAAUCAUGCACUUGACUUUUUAGGUGCAUUUUCUCUUAUUCACUGUACCAUCAUACUCUUAAUAUCAUAGGUACUGUACAAGGUGCUAUAGUGCAUGGGUUGUUAUAAAUGGUAUUAGACUGUUUCAUAUGGUAAUGUGCUGUACUGUAUACUAUCAAACUGUAAGAUAUCUUAUAUCUAAUUGCAUCAUAUCUCACUGUAUGUUUAAUUUAUAUGGUAUUGUGUCUCAUACUGUAUCAUAUAAUGUCAUAUGUCUCAUACUGUAUCAUAUAAUAUCAUAUUAUAUUGUUGCGGUUGUAUCUUACAGUUGUGCUUUAUCUCAUUGUUCCUGUUUUAUCCUAUUACGUUACAAGAAAUUUCACUAAUUUCAUAAAAAUACUUGUAUACAUCCCUCCCAAGGCAACGGCUGAAGUUCCAUGUGAUGUUCUCCAUGAAACAAGAGCUAGGAUACAGAUGUAACAUCCUGAGGCACAUGUAAUAACAUCAGGAGACUUCAACCAUGUCACCUUCUCCUCUCAUCUGACUGGAUUUUCACAGUUUGUUAACUGUCCAACCAGAGAAAACAAAACCCUGGAUCUGCUGUAUGCCAACGUCAAAGAAGCCUACAGAAACUUCAUAAUCCACUUCGUAAAACCUUGAUGGACCAAAAAUCAUCUGUGGUGGAUGGCUCUUUUCACCCCAGGACGGAGAGAUCAGACUUCUUAAUUCUUCUAUAAAUAGUAGAUGAGAUGAGAUUCCAGACAAAUGAAUUUCCCUUUGGCGAUCAAUAAAAUUCUUGUAUUGUAUUUUUUUUGUACUGUAUCCAAUCUUAUCUAUCUCAUUGAUUCAUAUCUUGUUUUAUGGCAUUGUGUUUUGUUGUUUUGUAAUGUAAUGCAUUGUAUCACGUUAUCUCACAUGAGUUAUCCUGCUAUUGCCACCCACCAUGAGUUAGAUCAGAUGUAAAAGAUCAAUUACACUUCUUUUUACUGUAAACAAUCAAACCAACUCAGAGUACAAAAAUGGAAAAAUACUUCUUCAGUAGAGUAUAACAUGUCCCUCAUUUUACAGGAGAAGUGUAUUCAGAAUUUUAUUGUUUCAGGGAUUAUUAUUCAUUUAUAUUUUGCAUUUGAUGACAGACUGAUGGUGAAAUUGUGCCAUUUGAGGAGCUGAAUAGGCUUUGCACUGCAUAUGUUAUCCCUGCCAAGCAUUUGAUUAAACAUGCAUAAUUCAGUGGUGAACUGAGGGGCAAGCUUUGUUUUAAAUAAAUCUGACUCACUUUUUGGAUACUGUAAUAGUUUCUAUACAAAUUGGCAAAGAGGAGCAUAUUUUGUGGAGAGUGUUAAUAAUAAGUAUAAGUAUUUUCCAACACUACUUGUUCUGGAUAGAGUUUAAUUUCAGAUAAGACCCUUGUUCGAUGAUAUUUUUAUGUAAACUUAUUUUUCGUUCCUCCUUGGAGUGGCUUGAAAUUUGCCUUAUUCCGUUGCAAAUAAAGAAACUAUAUCUCAUCAGUCUACUUUUCUUUCCUCAAGGCUCAGGCCUCCUUUCAGGUCUACACCGUGGGCUGUACUGUACCGUACUGCGUUAGUCUCUGCGAUCCACUUCAGGCCCCAUCUGUUGGCAUUUAGCACUAGCUUCCCCGCCUCUGCGCUGAUCUCCGGUCUACAUUAACUGCCCUAAUUUGUCUGCCAAAGCCCACUCAGAUUGCUACCAUGUGAUGUUAUGUGAAAGGUGAGGGAUGCCUACUUAUCUUUGAAGGAAGACGGACAGAAAAAGACAGGGGAAGGUUCAAAAGUAAUGACAGCAAACAUGAAAUAUAAGAAAAGAUGCUGAGGGUGGAAAGGAAAGUGAUUUGGAAACGACAGGAAUAAAGACCACAUGAGAGGACAGAGAAAAGAUGGAAAAAGAGGAAGCUGCUAAGAAGGCUCAUGAUAUGUAGUAUAUGAGUUUAGUGAAGACAGGGACAUUUCCCUUCAGGGAUAACUGAGACAGAUCUGUCUAAACUGACUUGUCAGGCUCUACAGUCCACCAGGACCUUUCCAGUGAUACUUAUAUGUCUGCAGAACAACACAAACACUGACGGAGAAAGCCAUUCCCUUUCACUCCUUUUAACAUUGUCGAUCCAAAACAUCCUCCCCCAUCUCCCAUCAUCAAUUUCUCAAGAAAAGGACUUUGACUGCCAGCAGGAACUGUGGUCUUAAUGUUUUUAACAGCUGCUGAAGUCAACCUAUAAUCCUCAGGUUAGAUAUUGUGUAGCACCAGGGCUGGAUUGGGACAAACGUUUGGGCCAGUAUACUUCUUAGGAAGGGGCCGUGGGCUGCCUUUUAAGGAAAGAUUUCAUUUCAAGCAUUCUGGUGAAUAUUAGUGCCAGUGCAUCACAAACUAACGAGACCAAUACCAGCUUGGUGCAGUGUACUGCUGUGAACAUAAAAAACAGGUUUAUAUCAUUAAAGAGGGAAACAACACAAAAACUAACAUUCAUUCCGUCUCUCCAUCUGCCAAAUAAUCUCCAGUCUCACAUUGACAAAGACUGAGUAGUUACUAUGACAAUUUCUCUUCACCAAGAGCACAAAGUCAUCUCCUGUCUCUCCCUCACUUUGCUCCAUCCUUCCUCUUCCUCUCACAUCCACUAUCUUUCCACCAAACACUUGAUGCAUCAACUGUUAUCAGACUGAACACGCCGAACACGAUCACACAGUCUAAGUGCUUAAAUAAGGGAACACAAAAUCAAUCAAGACUGCACCGGCUCGUCGCUCCACCUAGUAGGCUGCACAUGCAUGCCUGGUCACAUGUUGUGUGCACCUGUUGCCGCCGGCCCUCUGUUGGUUUGUGUGUCCACGUUGCAUGAACAUGAAGUUCACAGUGCUGCACUCACAAGACUUAAAAAAAGAAACAAAAAAAAUUCAGCCAGCAGACCAAGCAGCAGGUCAUGCAUUGGGAAACUUCCUGGUGCUCCCUAUGGCUGGCUCAAUCUGUAAAUUUAAAGUACCGUCCUGAAAUUUGAUUAUAAUUCACACUUCUCAAACUCAAAGCUCCUGUGCUUAAGCAAAAUAAAAGGCACAUCUGCUAACUGGAGGUUUCCACUGUGUUACCCAUCUUUGCUGAGUAGGAGAAUCAACAGACUACACUACUUUUUAGAAGUUUCCUUUCAGUUUUCAAUGUUUAGUGAAAAGCUGUGUAUCUGUUCGCAGUAACAAAACAGCAGACCUUAUGUCUGUUUGUCACAUUACACUCUCAUGUGCGCACUGUAAAGGUGGUAAACACAAAGACAGGCUAAGCUGCAGUUAAACUACCAGAGUUGAGUCUCGCACGCAGCGUCGGCGCGCACACGCUUGGCUGUUCACACAUUAAGCGUUUUCUGCUGCAUUCUGACGUGCCGGUCAGACAUCGACUGAGACCGGCAGUGCUCGGCUGUUUCCGUCGGCCCUCAGUUUUCCACACUUACGAGCGCCUUAAACAUGGGUAAGUCAAUAUUUAUUUAUGUUUUUAUUACGUCAUACAUAAAUUAAAUAUUGGCAGCAUCUUCAAGUAUUGUUUUUAAUUAUUAUAUGGGGUAAACAACGAAUGUAUUGGGGAGUCUGUUGACUCCAUUGUAUGUGUAGCCUUGUUAGCUCGAGGCUAUUGACUCUAUUGUAAUAAAGUCCCCCACCUUUGUCUCAAUAACAUCACUGAAUCUCUGCCGCUCUCCCUCUGUGUGUGUGUGUGUGUGUGUGUGUGUGUGUGUGUGUGUGUGUGUGUGUGUGUGUGUUAUUGAAUUUUUUUUAUUUUGAAAAUUGACCGGAUUCUCUUGCAUCUCGUGUUCCCGACUUCCUGUCUGGUCCGAUCUGCUCUGUCCAGCUUUACAAUUGGCGCUUGCAGCUCACGCAAGAAAUAGAGAGAAGCAGAGCGGCCGCUCCCCCCGCGCGCUGUGUGAACAGUCACAUAGGUUAACACGGGCGUCGAUCCGAAACUCGGUGCACGGCACUUCCGCUUCCGUGCGCGGCACUUCCUGUGUGAACCAGGCAUUAUUCCCAUGUUACAUGGGCAACGGAGCAUCUACAUCUGAUGUUCUUGGGCUCAUUCUUGACAGGUGACAGACUUUUCCUUCAAGUUGUAGAAAAAUAUUGGCAAGACUGCGUACUCACAGAAAUGUAUUUUCACCUAGCUUAAGCAAGAGGAGCCCAGGUGUGAAAGUGCGCCUGGUUUGAUUCGACUGCAGCUGCUCACUCGGACUCUGUUCUGUCAUGAGGACUCUCUAUCCAGAAACCUAUCAUGAUUGCUUCUGGACUGUUACUCCUCCAACAUGUCUAAACCCACCACGGGUCUUCACACUUAAAAUAUGCUGAUGUAAUUUAAAAAACAGUCUGAGGUCAAAGGAUUUGAUCCACAGUACUUUUCCUCCAGCUUUUUGACAGUCUUGGUGUUGAAUCAUUUACUGGCUCAAUAAAUUUUUGUCAUUUACAGUCUCUGUAACUAUUUUAAAGUGAUCUCAAACAGAGACAGAGCCUCACACUACGGCCCCAAAGCAGCAUCCAAGAGGUGCUGUAAUCCAUCCUAAAUAAUGCCUCUCAUUAACACCUAUUGAGCACUUUUGAAGAUACAUAAACUCCACCUCAGAUAAUCCAUUAAAGGAGCUGAGUUCAAGAUUUUUUGAGAAAAAACAUUUUAAAGGGGAAUGCUUCCUAAGGGAGCAAAGGGGCACUUUUUCUCUCCCUGUCCACCAGAGGAAGUUCUGGACAACCAAGGCCUUGUGUCUGCCAGAGAAAGCAGGAAUCAAGCUCUUGGUUCAACAACACAGGCACCUGUGAAAAUACAGGCAGUGCACCACGUAUCAAACCAAAUAAACUCACCUUGGCGUAGAGCGAGGGCAUGUUCUGAUGACAGAUGCCACUCGGCAGCAGCACCAACGGGCCAAUAAAACACCUUGCUGGCAUGAUGGUAGGGCGAAAGACUAGAUCUGGUUUUCAUGGCAUGAAGGCUGCAUUAAAAUGAAAUGUGAUGGUGCGUGGAUCCAAGUUCUGGUGCAGCACAAAUAGACGCCAAAAAGACUUGAUUGCUAAACUUCAUGAAAGUUUCUGGACAGAAGAAAGCGUGCAUCCACAGAAAUAAUAACCAAAACAGUUGCAAAACACCAAAACACAAUUAAAUAAAGUCACUGAGGUCACAAUCAAUCACUUUUUUAGAAAACAAAUUCCUAUGAGUGUUUGUCACAGUUCGGUGGCUGGCAGGGCUGCACAGAAACCAAGACCUGCCAUGGUGCUGUAAAACCAGAGGAAACCACAUUUCCUGUCCUCUACUCCUGUUUCUUGAGCGGUAAUGGCUUAAGCCAAGCCUUGGCCAGGGCAAUCCAAGCAGUGGCUGCAUGUGGUAAAACGAGGCCACAAAACAAGAGAGCCGUUACAUUUGACUCUGGCACCCUAACCUCAGGCUGGCAUUACUGAAACCAUCCGAGACCGGUGGCUCAAAAGCCAUGACAUGACUACAAACAAGCAAGAGCCAUCCUGGCAUGAUCUCUUCUCCCUUCUUGACCUCCUGACGAGGAUAAUGAAAGGGUUAUACUUGACAAGAAGUUGAAUGGUUUAGGAGCGGUGUGUUGUGUAAGUUAAUGAUUACUUUUCAAGCACUCAUCAAAGGAGCAGAAAAAGGACCUCAUUGUGCAAACAUGAGUGACUGGUAAUGAUGCGUACCAGCAUUAUAGACUAGAAAUUCACUGCCACUGGCUCCAGGACCAGACUUAGAUCUUUUCCCUUUUAAAUAUGAGAGAUCUCAGCCUUGCAUCCUGAUUCGCUUUGCUCUGCUCCAUAAUUUCCAUCAUAAUGUUCAGUGAAGCUGUUAAAACCACUACUUAAACUCCCUUUCCCAGUGAAUAUGGUCAGAGAACAUGUUUCUUUUUUCAGGGUUUCCACUGUAUAAAAGCUGCCGUAUUCUGAGAAAUGUAUUAUACAGUGCCCUAAUGGCACCUGCAGUAUUUAGCCUCACCACAGAAAUUUAUAAGUGACACUAAAACGAGAUUAAAAUGUCUGCUUUGAAGUGACUGGCCAAAAACCUACACUUAAAAAAAACCAGAAGAAAUGCAGGUGUACAAAUUAAAACAGAAAAUACAUAAGCAAUGAUACUUUGAGUGCUGGACUUCUGGCAUGGAGCAAUAGAGAGGUUUUGAGUGAUGCUCCACCUGAAUUUGCACCUGUCUCUGCAAUCUCAGAAACCUGAGACGAGAAUGGAGGCUGGAAAACCCCAGAGAAGUGACUGUGACAGGACGAGAUGUACUGCUCUGUAUUUUUUUUUUACAGACUUAAUUCUUGUUUUUGUCUAUUUAGGAAGUCUCCCUCAUUUGCAAUAGUAUUCAAAUGUACUCUUCUGUUAAUCUUGUAGUCUUACUGAACCUCAGAGUACUCCUACAUGACCUUAAGGUUACAUCUAUAUAUUUUCCCUAAUGCCUUUGCCUUGGAAAGUCAACACUGAUGUUCAUAUGUGAAGGCCCAGGUGUUUACAUAGCCCACUGACACAAGAAGGCCAUUUCAUACCGAGAUGAAGCAGCUUUUGGCAUAAUCAAAAACACAGCAGACCUGAGUACACAUCAUGAAGAAGCACUUAACUCCUGAAUCCAACUAUAUCCCCUGUGCUGCAGCACUAGAGACCUACAAAUGACAGUUAUCCCUGGGGUCCAAGCUCCUGGGCCUCUUGGUCAGGGAGCUAUGUAUGCCAGGGUGCCAUGACAAAGUUAUGAUUAUUAUUUCAAGGCUGAGGUGAGGAGAGGGUUAUUGGGGAAAAGGGAGGGAGGCCGCUAUACCACACAAAACGCAUAUAUAAUAACAACCAGGUGAAAGGGCUUUGCAAGUUCACUGGACUGUAUCAGACCCAGAAGCUCUGUGUGGUUACAAAUAUAGGAAAAUGAAUUUAAAAUGAGAGCAGAAAAUGGAGACUAAAAAACUGAAAGGAUUUUUUUGUUAUACUUGUGCACAAAACAAACUUGACCUUUCGUGAAUCGCCAAACCCCAAAAAGCA